AUGGUGCUCAUCAAGGAAUUGUGAGUUUGGUUUGUGCCCUGGGCGGGGGGAGCGCGGGCUAGCUGGCCCCGCUCAGUGCAGGCCGGUCACUGACUGCCCUAUGGCAAACCGUCAUUGCGCUAAUAUGGACAAUUACUGCGGCCGCGCUGUCACGGCCUGUGUGUGUUACCUAGCAUCACCUUCCCGGCCGGCACCAUCCCAUGGCGCUGCCAGGGGGCCGGGGAGAAUGUGCUGUGCAGGCAGGGGGUCAGUGCACUCUGCUUUAAUGAUUGGUCUGCACUGACACAGGGCAGCAAAGGGACACCUGCUAGAUGGAAAAGUUACCUGCACUCUGCUUGUUGUGGUGGUGCUGUCUGUGGCGGUGCUGUCUGUGUUGGUGCUGUGUGCUGUCUGUGGUGGUGCUGUGUGCUGUCUGUGGUGGUGCUGUCUGUGGUGGUGCUCUGUGCUGUCUGUGUUGGUGCUGUCUGUGGUGGUGCUCUGUGCUGUCUGUGUUGGUGCUCUGUGCUGUCUAUGGCGGUGCUGUCUGUGGCGGUGCUCUGUGCUGUCUGUGUUGGUGCUCUGUGCUGUCUGGUGGUGCUGUCUGUGUUGGUGCUCUGUGCUGUCUGUGGCGGUGCUGUCUGUGUUGGUGCUCUGUGUUGUUGCUGCAGGCUCUCCUCUCACAGAACCUAAACUUCGAACAAUUACUUGUCAUUGACUGUUCAUUCAUUGUAUGUUGGUUUUAUACUUUUUGUCUUCUUUACACUAGUGUGGUCCAGUUUAUCAUGUGUGGGAAAUGUAAUACUGUAUGCGGAACCUAUGGAGGCAACUUUAUUGAUUUAGUAACUAACAUACAGCACAUGUGUAGAGGUGUGUUUUUUUUUGUUUAAUUUUUAUUUAUUUUAAAUUUUUUAUAAAAUAAAAUUCCUUAGGGGCUACAUCUGAAUCAGUUUGGUUAUUUGGGCAACACUUUUAUGUACUAAACUGACCUGUGCUAACAGCAAGUCUUGUCAGUGCUAAAUAGGUAAAAAAUAAUAAUCUAAUUUAAAGGGACAGUAUAGUCACCAAAACAACUUUAGCUUAAUCAAGCUGUUUUGGUGUAUAAAUAAUGUCCCUGCAGUCUCAUUGCUCAAUUCUCUGCCAUUUAGAAGUAAAAUCACCUUUUGUUUCUGUUUAUGCAGCCCUAGCCACACCUCCCCUGGCUGUGACUGACUUAACCCCUUUAGACCGGAGGACGUACAAUUACGCCCUAUUUUAGGCGGCUCUAAAUGCCGCCGGGCGUAAUUGUAUGCCCUCCGAUCUUUCCUUACUUACCCCGUCGCCGGCGGUCCCACGUCGGCGAUCGCGGUGGGGGGGACUCCCAUGGAGCCCCCGGCGAUAGAUCCUUCUCCUCCGGUGCCCCCUGGCCAUGUGAGAGUGGGGUCCUUGCGAGGACCCCACAAUCACAUGGCCGGGUAGGCUGCCUCCUGCAGAUUGGUUACGGUGCCUUUGAGACCCUAUGGUAGCCCGAGAAUGAAAAUUACCCCUAUGAUGGCAUACCAUUUGCAAUAGUAGACAACCCAAGGUAUUGCAAACGGGGUAUGUCCAGUCUUUUUUAGUAGCCACUUAGUCACAAACACUGGCCAAAAUUGGCGUUUUUUUGCAUUUUUCACACAAACAAAUACUAAAGCUAACUUUGGCCAGUGUUUGUGACCAAAUGGCUACUAUAAAAGACUGGACAUACACCAUUUGCAAUACCUUGGGUUGUCUACUAUUGCAAAUGGUAUGCCAUUAUGGGUGUAAAUUUCAUUCCUGGCUACUAUAAAGUCCUAAAGGCAACGUAACUAAUCCGGCGAAUUUCAAUUUCAAAUGUAAAGUGCUAUAUUUGACCCUGUAACUUCCCAAAACUCCAUAAAACCUGUACAUAGGGGGUACUGUUUUACACGUGAGACUUUGCUGAAUACAAAUAUGUGUAUUUUAUUGCAGUAAAAGCAAACCGUAUUAUGACAUUGACAGUUAUGUCAUGUAGAACUAAAAAUUUUUUAAAAAAUUCUUAUUUUCUCCCAUUUUUUUCAUAUUAAAUUAUGUUUCUCAGCUACAUAUUUGAUAUUAAAUGAAAGCCCUGUUUCCCCCGAAUAAAAUGAUAUAUAAUAAGGGUGGGUGCAUUUACUAUGAAAGAGGUGAAUUACGGUUGGACAGACAUGUAGCGCAAAUGCCAGGUUUUGUUUACAUUUUGUUUCGUUCACCAUGUGUACAUUUGGCUCAGUCCUUAAGGGGUUAACAUGCAUGAGAACAAAAUGGUUUCAUUUUCAAUCAGAUGUAACAUUUUAAUUUUUAUCGCCUGCUCUGUAAAUUGAACUUUAAAGGGACACUCUAGGCACCCAGACCACAUCAGUUCAUUGAAGUGGUCUGGGUGCAAUCUCCUAUCACCCUUAACCCUAGAGUGGUAAUUAUUACAGUUUUUCAUAAACUGCAAUAAUUACCUGCUAGGGUUAACUCCUCUUCUAGUGGCUGUCUACCAGACAGCCACUAAAGGGACUUGCAGGCUUAAAGGCGACUUUUGGUUGCCUAAACGACGCUUGAUGUUCUCGCGCUAUGCAUGAGGACUUUCAGCAUCGUAGAAAUCCUCAUAGGAAAGCAUUGAGUAAUGCUUUUCUAUUGGGAAAUCCUAAUGUGAGAGCAGCCAUUGCCACGCAUGCACAUUAGGUCUUCCCCACCGGCGGACGUCGGCAGGGGAGGAGCGCGGGUGGAGCUGAGUCAGCGGCGCUGGACCCAGGUAAGUGAAAGAAGGGGUUAUUAACCUGUUCUGCACCACAGGGGUGACCUUGACAAUGGGGGAAACUCCAGUGCCAGAAAAACAAGUUGCAGGAUAUUGCAAGGUAUUAACAGAGCAGCAGAUAAAUGCUAAAUUAAACUGAAUUUGCAAUAAAGGAAAUGUAAACAUUUGAUGACGCUUUACAGUAAGUGUUUAGGAAGGCUAAACAAAGUGAUUUAAUUCCGAAAUGGCAGAGAAUUGAAAGUGAUACUAAAUGGGCAAGAUCUAUACACCAUAACUGCUUCAUUAAGCUAAAGGUCUUUUGGUGCCUAUACUGUCCCUUUAUGUCUACUGUAGUACAGGAUUAUGGAGCUUAAAGGGAAAAUGUUCCUUCUCUGGAAAUAACACCAUUGGAUAAAACUUCAAGCACCAAAACCAUGAUGUGCAGUUGUUAUUGUGCCCUGGUGCCUACAUUUGACAUGUUACCUGGGCUGCGCUGGGUGCUGCUCCCUGCACAAUUUACUCUAGCGCAAGCAACGUCAAACUUGCGGCCCACCUGCCUUGGGGCCGUUUUGUGCUGUGGUUGCAACCAGCUGCAAGACAGGAAAUAUAUUUCCUGUCUGGUUCUUGUCUUCCCUUCCACAGCCGAUCGCGUGCUCCUGCGACCGCAAGAGCGCAGAGUGUCUGUCUGCAGAGCAGGCCAGCCACUCCCCCUUCCCUCUUGCUCACAGUGCCAGAGGAGCGCCUGGCCUGCUUGAGAAGAGCAUAGCUGGAACUGGAGGACGGGUGGCUCAUCUUAAGGUAGGGGAAAGAGAGGCUUGGAGGACCUUCCUGUGUAAUUUGUUAAAUUGGAGAGGGGGGCAGUGUAUUCAUUUGGGGGAGGGAGUUGGGCAGUGUAUUAUUUGGGGGAGGGAGGAGGCAGUGUGUUAAAUUGGGGGAGGGAGGAGGCAGUGUGUUAAAUUGGGGGAGGGAGGAGGCAGUGUGUUAAAUUUAAGGGGAGGGAGGGCAGUGUAUUCAUUUUAGAGUGGGGAGGGGGGCGGCAGUGUAUUAGAGUGGAGGGAGCAUUGGAUUGGAUUGGAUUUGUGGGCAGUGUAUUAGAUUGGGUCUCCAUGGAGGUGCUGAAUGCUCCAUGUGAAGAUGCUUAUUAGCCACGGAGCAUUUUGGCACACAUGCACACUAUCCUCCCAAUGCUUUCCUUUGGGAAAGCAUUGGAAUGGUUGAGAUCAUCAAGUUUGAUGAUCUCGGCCAAAGUGAAGAACACACUCAUAGGACUUCAAAAUCAGCAAGGUAACGUAAUUUGUUUUUUUACAGUUGUGCAACAGCAUACGUUCACCUUUUCAGUCCCAUUACCAAACUUUUCUUAAUAUGUCAAGGUAGUUGGACAGAAACAUUGGUUAUAUGCAAAUGCACGUUUCCUUAAAAUAAAUUUGCUCUUUUGUUUACUUUGAAUCCCUACGAGCGUGAGGACACCCAGUGUCAGUUAGGAAACUUUUUUAAUACUGUAAUUUCAUAAAUAAACCUAUGUUUCUAUGAAAACUGAAGUUUUUGUUUUUUUUUGCAGCCCACAUGAAUUUAAACCUUGUUUAUUUGGCCCAUGUUAGUCUUUGAGUUUGUCAUGCAUGCACUAGAGUUGGAUGCUUUCAGUCUGAGAAAAUGCCAAUAAUGCAGGACUUUUAUGCCACAGGAGUUAACGGAUAGCUCUUGCUUAGGAGCUUCUAGUUCUUUAGCAGAUGUAGUGGAUGCAGGGAAUGGCACCUGUCAGGCCCCAGGUAAGAAGUCACAUAUUUCUAUAAUGAUUUGACUACUUACAUUGAGAGGGUAGCACCAGGGCACUCCUUUCAUCUUAACCAUUACAGCACGCUAUGGUGGUUAUAGUGCUUGGAGCACUUUUUGGUUUCUUUUAAUUCAUUAUUAAAAAUAUAGCAGUUGAUAUGGAUGGAGGAGUAACAGAAACUUAAUGGAUGGAGGAGUAACAGAAACAUUGAGGGAGAUUUAUAGGAGUGUUCUGUUCUUUAAACUAGACGAAAGCACUUACAGGGUUAUUUCAAGCAUCAUGAUCACUAAACGUAUUUUGAAGUGGUCAUGGUGCAAGAAGCCUGUAUGAAACACUGUAUCUACAGCAAUAUUUGAGGUUGCUACUGUAGGUGUAAAUUCACCAACGGUAGAAUUAUUAGUCUGCCUGGAACGGCUAAUGUUAAAUCUGGUCAUAAAAAGUCAGUUUUUAUGACCAUACUGGCAACAUAUGUCCAGUGGUGGCACAGUCCCCACCUCUGUGUUGACCUAAGCCCUGCUUCCUAGAUUUCCUUCCUCAUGCAGUAAUGGGAAGUGAUGUAAUGCAAUGUGGAGAAUGUGACCUCAGUGCUGGAUUUAAGGCAUAUUUACAUUUGUUACAGAUUUAUAACAAAUUUUUUUUUUUUUUUUUUUUUUUAAACUCACCAUUAAAGGGACACUACAGUCACCUGAACAACUUUAGCUUAAUGAAGCAGUUUUGGUGUAUAGAACAUGCCCCUGCAGCCUCACUGCUCAGUCCUAUGCCAUUUAGAAGUUAAAUCCUUUUGUUUAUGAACCCUAGUCACACCUCCCUGCAUGUGACUUGCACAGCCUUCCAUAAACACUUCCUGUAAAGAGAGCCCUAUUUAGGCCUUCUUUAUUGCAAGCUCUGUUUAAUUAAGAUUUUCUUAUCCCCUGCUAUGUUAAUAGCUUGCUAGAUCCUGCAAGAGCCUCCUGUAUGUGAUUAAAGUUCAAUUUAGAGAUUGAGAUACAAUUAUUUAAGGUAAAUUACAUCUGUUUGAAAGUGAAACCAGUUUUUUUUUCAUGCAGGCUCUGUCAAUCAUAGCCAGGGGAGGUGUGGCUAGGGCUGCAUAGACAGAAACAAAGUGAUUUAACUCCUAAAUGACAGUGAAUAGAGCAGUGAAAUUGCUCUAAAUGAUCUAUACACUAAAACUGCUUUAUUUAGCUAAAGUAAUUUAGAUGACUAUAGUGUUCCUUUUAAAGUUUAGAGUUUGGCAAUCACCAUGUAAACCGCAGGCACACUCCUUUUGGUGACUUCUCCCCUUUCACAAUUUAUGCACCACUAUUUAGAACAGAACACAUUGAUUAAUCUCCCCCAUUGUUUCUAUUUAUCCUCUCCUCUCUAUGCUGACAGGUGCAAAGAGCAGAACUUAAAACAAUGAAUGACAGGGAGCUAAGAUGAAGCAACUCAAGGAUAGAGGUAAAAACAGUAGUGUGAAUUUCUAACUUUUAUUUUGAUUCUUGAGAUCACAGAAACAUGUCUGUUAAGCAUAGGGGGGUCUAUUAAAAAGGUUUAACUACAAAAGUUAUGGGAAGUGAUAAUUCUCCUUUAAAGUAUCUCUGCUAUCUUCUGAGGUCUUUGAAUAUUUUGCAAAGGCACAAGAAAGAGAAAGCUGUGCUUGCAGUGUGGUGGUGCAGGGGAAGAGUUUUUAUUUACCUCUUGUCCUCCCCCCAUCUUUUUUGGCAUGGCCCUCUUCAGCUCCUGGCGCUUCAUCUGCUAGGAGCCGACUUCACUGCUGUACACUCACACAUGCGCAAGGGUACAAUACUGAUAUGUCUAUAGAGGAAUCUGAUCCUUUAAACUAAUGACUAAAAUAUAAUUCUUAAACGAACACUUUAAUCAUCAGAACAACUAAAGCUUAGUAUAGCCUGUCCCUUUAGUGCUUAAACCAAUUGAUAUUCCUUUUAUUUAGGGUUAUUCCUAAUUGCAAUAAAGAAAGGUUUGAGGGCAAGGGCGAGAGCGGGCAACUCUGACGUGGACCGUUGAGGAUUGGUAAAGAGGUGGUAUAUGUCCCGUUGACACAUAUUGUAGCCGAGGGAGACCUAUAGACUGCCUGAGUCCAUUCCUACUCUCUACAGUGUCUGGAAUAAAGAGUCCCAGCUCACUCUAUCAAAGGCCUCCUCCACAUCUGUCAAUAACAGGAGGAGGCCCUGAGAGGACAAGCAAGAAUAGUGCACCAAGGAUACAGGUUUGAAUUUUGUGGUCAGAGACUCUCAUUGUGUUUAGAAGGUUAUUUUCAUGAAUUAUUUUAGGUCACAAUUAAAGAGUGAGAUAGGCCUGUAAUUUGCACAUUGCUCCAUAUCCUUGCCCUCUUUUUUUUGGUGUGAGUGAUAUGUUGGCUGCCUGAGUUUGGGGUGGGAUGGCGUAUCUUCUCUAAUUUCCACAGUGCGGAAACAGUGUAUCAGCGUAUUGUUUAUAGUAUCGUAAGAGCAGGCCAUCUGGGGCUUUCAAUUCUGUGUCUCUAAUAGGUUUGUCUAGCUCCUUUGCAACCUCUGGAUGUAGUCAUUUCUGUAUGUGUUCCCUUAUGUAUUCCUGAAUUUACCCAAGGUGAUCUGGUAUGUUUCGGAUUUGGGUAGGGAGUAAAGAUGGAAUAAUAGUCACGAAUUGUCUAUUAUCUUGUUGAGUAUUGUAGCUGGUCUUACGUCUUUGCCACCUUCCACUUCAUCCACAUCUUAAUCGUGAUUUUUUAGCAUUUGUGUAAAAUAAGGCUUUGGACUGCAGUUAGUAGUGGGCAGCCAGUGGUUGUGGUGGGUCAGCGGUUGAGAGUGCCUCCAAUGAUUGCGUAUGGUCAGGUUGUUUUCAUCAUAGCUGUUACUACGGAGGUCUCGCUGUCAUGGUGUUAAGGAAGGGCUCCUUAACUACUCCCUUUCUUAGACUAGACUGAGUGGACUUUUUUUUCCAUCUUUGAUGCAGUGUCUGUGGCUUGGCAGUUUCAAAGGGGUCCCUCCUGUAUGUAGGACGUUUGGUAUGUGACAUUUUAGGGAUCCAGGUGCAUUAUAGUGCCCCUGCUAGUGAGGUGCAAUUGUAUAGGAGCAUGUAGGUUCUGCAGGCUAGCAGCCAAUUAGACAUGUAUCCCUGCCUGUAAAGUUGGAUAGAUUCCAAUGUGGGAUUCGGGUCAUGCACUGAAUGGGAAUUUGCUGUAUCAUCGGCAGGCUAAUGGUACAUACAAAAGUGGGCAUAAAAUGGCACAUUGUGCAGCACUGACCCUGGAAGCACCUCUAGUGGCUGUCUGGGUGACUGCCACUGGAGGUGCCCCUAGGGAGCAAUAUAAACACUCUUUUCUAUGAAAAGGCAGUGUUUACAUGAAAAUAGCUGCAGGGACAUACUAUACUGUCCAGAACAACUACAUUAUGCUGUAGUUGUUCUGGUGACUAUAGUGUACCUUUUUAACCUUUUGGCUAGGCCCUCCUCUUUAUCUGGUAUUUUUUUUUUUUUUUUUUAAAUGUGUAAAGCGGGCCUGGACAAAUUCGAGGCUCCAGGUCGCCUUUGUGACUAGGAAUUGUUUCCUGGUGCCUGGGUUUUUGUCAACCCGUUCAGUCGAGGCAGCCAGUGUGGGUGAAUGGACUACAUUAAGCUGUAGUGGUUCUUGUGACUACAGUAUCUUUUUAAGAAUUGGUUGAAAUAAAACAUGCUUAAUUAAAAAAAGCAACUGGCUUCUAACUUUUUUUUAGGUAGCUGUUGGAUUCAAAGCAAAUUUGUAAAGUCCUGGUAUAAAGCAAUAAUGAAAUCACAACCCUGAUGCGUGUUUUUUUUUUUUUUUUUUUUAAUCCAUGUUUGAAUGUGAAGCUUCUUCCUUUUCCUCUAUUUGAUUGCUGUUUGUUUUAUGCUUUCUACAAUCCAACCUAACUCAACAAUUUGCAAAUGCUCAAGGGCUUUUAUAUUCUGGCUCCCGUUCCACAGUUUAUAACUUAAUGUUAACAAAGAAAACCAAAGUCCUGUUAGCAUGUUGCUUUUACAGUUAAUUCAUCAGUAAAUAUAACACUUAGGGGAUACUCUGAAGCUAACUUCUAAUUGUGUUUUAUUAUGUAUUAAUUAACCGUUCUAAUUUUUACAUGUUGAUGGUUUUUGCAUUAAAAUAGCUCUGUCACCUCAGACUUACGGUACCUCUUUUCUCUGAUUUUUUUUUUUUUUUCUUUCAUAUGUUCUUGUUUUCUUCAUUUGUGAUCAUUUUCUCUUUAAAACAUAGGACCAAAUAGACCACUUUGUCUUUUGAAUUAUUCCUACACUUGCCAAUCCUGACAAAGGAUGGAUAGUAAGAGAUUACUUCAACCCUUUGGAGCCCUUUUGGGCACAAUGCACAAGAUUCCACCACUCAGAUUGCAGUAUAGCCUGUGACCUGUUCCCAUGUGCGUGCUCAGGAUCAGCAAGAAUGGGGAGUCAGAGGGCGGAUUUAAAAAUAAAUAAAUAAAAGCUGCCUGUAAUGGACUGACUUUUUUUAUACACAGAGUUAACAUUCGUUCCGGGCUGCCAAGGUAGCAUGUCCAGAUUUAUAAUGGUUUGCAGUGUUUCAAGCAGAAACACUGUUCUUACAUUCUCCUACCACCAUGACCACUUCAAACUACUAUAGUGGUCAUGUUGGUUUGAGUAACCAUUUAAGGCAAACUUCACUUCCUUUGUUAGCUUGACAAAGGAAGUAGAGUUUGCCUGAAGCUCCAAGCUCAAAAUUGUCAAGCGUAGACAAAGCUUUGUCUUUUGUUUUGAAAAGAUAUAGAUUAGAAAUAAAAGAUUCUGAAAAAGGAAAAGAAGAAGAACAAUAGGAGAAAGGUGAGUUUGAGGUGGCAGAGGCUCUUUAAAUUAAAUAACAUUUAUAUUAAUGCAUCCGAAAAAGCCUGUUUUGUAAACAAAAUCUUAAUUGUGCUUUCUCCCCUCUCUAUCUCUCCUAUACAGCCGAGUAGUUUUGCCAUGUUCGGUAGAGGAGGUAUGUGGAUAUUUUAAUCACCUGUCGUGAAAACUAAUUUUUAUGUCAUGUUAUUAACAUGCAAUUAUUACAAGCUCUCCAAAAAUAAAGUACACAGCAUCAAUUAAUAUAUACAAUAUUUACAAGCAUUCUCUUUGUAAGUACCUGACUUGAUGUUUAAUAUAUAAGCUUAUGUUCUUAUCUGUUUUUACUCCUCCUUUUCCUGUCUGACUAAAUGACUACAUUGUUAUACUCUUUGUUUAUCCCACAUAAUAUAAUGGACAAAGAUUAUGAUUUGUUGGAGUAAUUAAAGGGAUACUGUAGUCCUUGGCAUACAAAAUUGUAUUCUUAGCACCAAAGCUCCUUUUUGUCGACACACACACACACUGUAAGUUAAAAACAAAACAAAAAAACUUUACUGUACUCUCUGAAUUUCUGCUUUGAUUUCUCUCUAUGUUGGAGCUCUGCCUCUUCACCCAACGGGGCAAGUGGAUUAGAUCCUCCAUAUAGGAAAGCAUGACUUCAGUGCUUUCCAAUGUGGAUUUUACUGACACUGGAUGUCCUCAUGCAUGUGAAGCAAGAAGUAGUGCCAGACUGAACCAUGCAAUGUAAUUAUUGCAGUUUCUCAGAAACUGCAAUAAUUGACAUUGUAAUGUUAAGGGGACAGGGACAUUGCACCAAGAGCACUAGUGUCCCUUGAAUAAUGUGUGUCCUUGUUUAAAGGAACACUAGAUUAAAAAACACAUUUUUGACAUUCAACUCCCCUUGGUCUAAAAAAAAUAAAUAAACUGUAAUCCAAUUCUGGAACAAUCUCCGUGUUGAAGCGGAUCUGCCUUCCAUAAAGGCAGCUGAAUUUAUUUUCCUUGUAAAGUCCAGAACUCCUCGUAGGGAGCAUACUCUGUGUUCCGCUAAUCUGAUGCAUCUCAUAGAGAAAAAUUGAAUCUAGUGCGUCUCCAUAAGAAGUAUUGAACAUGUUCUGUGUCGUGAUAAUGCAAAAUGUAAAUACUUUAGAUUUUCGAAAGUUUUAAGUAAGAAAAACCUUUAUUAGUUGUCAGACUGACAGCUGCUAUGGGUGUUUUCUGACUAGGGAUUAACCGGUUAUCGGUUUUGCUGAUAUUAUCGGCUGAUAUUCAUAUAUUUUUUUUUUUGUAAGUAUCGGUAUCAGCCGAUAAUCACUGGCAAUACCAAUAAUAAAUAAGUGGUCCAGUGUGUCCAUAAGACGGCACGCGGCCGCCUUAGGGCGCACUGGCCCGGGGGGCACUAGAUUGGAGUGACCAGCAGGAGAUGGGCGCACAGCGCUCCCUCCUGACAGGCAUUCUGUGUAGCGUGAUCGAGCAGAGCAGUGCGCACCGCGGUUCAGGAACUUAUGUUUCCUGUACCUGGUCAGACUGAAAGGAAGUGCUCACUGAGAGAGCACUUCCUGUCAGUCCGGUCGGGUACAGGAGACUGAAUCUCCUGUACCGCGGUAAGCUACCAGGAGACACACCGAGGAGCGGGGACACUAAGGGAUGGGGAGGGGGGGAGGUUGAGGAUCGCUAUGGGGGAGGGGGGGAGGUUGAGGAUCGCUAAGUGGGGGAGGGGGAGGCUGAGGAUCGCCAUGGGGAGGGGGGAGGCUGAGGAUCGGCCAUGGGGGAGGUGGUGCCGGAGGAUCGCCAUGGGGAGGGGGGAGGUUGAUGGACGCCAUGGGGGAGGGGGGAGGUUGAGGAUCGCCAUGGGGGAGAGGCUGAGGACGCCAUGGGGGAGAGGUCGUGGAGGAUCGCCAUGGGGGGGGAGAGGCUGAGGAUCGCCAUGGGGAGGCUGAGACGCCAUGGGGGAGAGGUUGGUGAUCGCCAUGGGGGAGGCCGAGGACGCCAUAAUGGGGAGGCUGAGGACUGCCAUGGGGAGGUUGAGGAUCACGCGGGGAGGGGGGAGGCUGAGGAUCACCAUGGGGAGGGGGGAGGCUGAGGAUCUUGGCCAGGGGAGGGGGAGGUUGAGGAUCACCAUGGGGAGGGGGGAGGUUGAGGACUCAUGGGGAGGGGGGAGGCUGAGGAUCAGCCAUGGGGAGGGGGGGAGGCUGAGGAUCGCCAUGGGGGGAGGGGGGGGGUGGGAGGUUGAGGAUCAGCCAUGGGGGAGGGGGGGAGGUUGAGGAUCGCUAUGGGGGAGAAGGGAGGCUGAGACCAUGGGGAGAAGGGAGGUUGAGGGAUCACUAUGGGGGAGAAGGGGAGGCUGAGGAUCGCUAUGGGGGGAGAAGGGGAGGUUGAGGAUCGCGCCAUGGGGAGGGGGGGGAGGUUGAGGAUCGCUAUGGGGGAGAAGGGGGAGGCUGAGACCGCCAUAGGGGGAGGGGGAGGCUGAGGAUCAUGGGGAGGGGGGAGGUUGAGGAUCUCAUGGGGAGGGGGAGGUUGAGGGAUCGCCAUGGGGUGGUGGCGCGAACACCAUAGGGAGGGGCACGAGGAACAUUAAGGAGGACACUAAAAUAUAGGAAGGAAGGGAAAAGGAACAUCUGGGUAGGGAGGAGGGAGUCUUACCGCAUUAUUAUUUACACACAAACACACCGCAUCCACUACACAAACACACACACUGCAUCCACUACCCACACUGCAUCCACUACCCACAGACACACUGCAUCCACUACACACACACUGCAUUUACUAAUCAAAUACUCUCACUGCAUCCACUACACACACACACCCACAAAUCUGACUGGCAUGUACAUAUUGUGCAUUUACCAUUUCAUAAAAUGUUUUUUAAAAAGAUUUGCAAAAAGUUUUUAUAAAAUACUGUAAAUGUUCAGAAUAUCGGUAAGCUACUGGCCAUCGGCCUGAAAGUUCACAGAUUGUCGGUAUCGGCUCUAAAAAAAAUCAAUAUCGGUCGAUCCCUACUUCUGACUAAUGUAAAUAUUGCUGUUUCUCAAAACAGCAUUAUUUACAUUUGUCAGAGAAAAGGGAAAGUAUAUAUGCCCCAAAACCACUAAAUAAGGAUGUAGUGAUUAUGAUGCUUAAUGCAUCUCUUAAGGCAUGCAAUACUGGUUACCAGAACUGGCUAUGUUAUGUUUUAUCUAUUAUGCACAUAUCAGUACAUUGAACGGGUUUUCAUCAGCGGUAGUGUACAUACUCUGAUGGCACGUAUUCUGAUAGUGUACUAUGGUGUUUAAUUGGUCCUCAGUGGACAUUGAUAUCCGAUAUCUUUGCUCUAUUUAGAACACAAAUUCUUAGCCACUUUCCUAAAUAAACCACAGGUGGGGGCAGAGCGAUGGACUUUGACUUGAUUCCCCACUUGAAUCUUGUAUGUUAAAGUGCUCUGAGUGAUUUGACUUGUAAUCAAUCACACUAUGGCAACCCACCCCUGCGAAUGGAUGUUGCCAGGGGAAUACACUAGGUCUUCACCUUUUAAUAUUAUAAUUAGGGAUCCUACCUCUGGACAGUGGAUGGAGACUGUGGGGAUUAAUCAUUACUGCUUCAGAACUGUGAAAGGGAAUAAACCUCUUGAAAACUUGUCUUUUAAAUAGUGUUAGUCUAAUAAAAAACAUAUCAUAGCAUGCUGCAAAUACUCUAGUUAUUUUGGCAUCUUGUAUACUGGGAAUACGGCUAAUCCAGUCUACACUCAUGGUAGCCACCUGACUACACAGUAGCAUGCGGGGAAACUGUUAACUGUGUGCUAAUUAAAAUGAAUUUAAAAGAGAAACUGCUAUGUUUAUAAUAGGGUUAAUCCAGCCUCCAAAUCCUCUAGUGGCUGUCUCAUUGACAGCCGCUAGAGGCACUUGCGUGAUUCCCACUGUGAAAAUCACAGUGAGAACACACAAGCGUCCAUAGGAAAGCAUUGUAAAUGCUUUCCUAUGAGACCGGCUGAAUGCGCGCGCAGCUCUUGCUGCGUGUGCGCAUUCAGCCGAAAGGGAGGAGAGGAGGAGGAGAGCACCCCGCCCGGUGCUGGAAAAAAAGCUAAGUUUUAACCCUUUCCUCUCCCCAGAGCCGGGCGGGAGGGGGAACCUGAGGGUGGGGGCACCCUCAGGGCACUAUAGUGCCAGGAAAACGAGUAUGUUUUCCUGGCACUAUAGUGGUCCUUUUUAAGUAGUUGUUAUGGUGAGCAAUGUUUACAUUGCCCCUAGGGACACCUCCAAGUGGCCACUCCUCAGAUGGCCACUGGAGGGGCUUCCUGGGUCAGUGGUGCACAGUAGGCAGCAGUGCCAUUCAGCAUCUCCACGCUCUGCAUGGGGACACUGAAUUUUCCUCAUAGAGAUGCAUUGAUGAUUGGCCAAAAUGGCGUUUGGCCCCGACCCCAUCCUGCCUCCUUGCUGAUUUUUCCCUAUGGGAAAGCAUUGGACUGGCUAAAAAUUGGCAAUUCGGAUGUCAUCAAGGAGGCGGUUCAGGGCGGGGACGGAAAUAACGUGCGUCUUAAUUCUUUCUAAAGGGGCUGUGGGGGGACAAGCCUCCUAAAAUGGUGGGUUUAACACUAUAGGGUCAGGAAUACAUGUUUUUGUGUUCCUGAUCCUAUAGUGUUUCUUUAAUAACAUUAUCGAAAUCUAAAGUAGUGUCUCUUUUUUAAUAAAAGUUUAUAUAAUAUUCAAUUAAUACUAUACUUGAUUAUAGUACCAAGUUGGCCAACUUUAUUCUGUGGCUGAAGCUAGCAAGAAUGAAACUGGUGGUGGCGAGGGGAUUGAAGUCUUAAAGAAUGAACCCUAUGAAAAAGAUGGGGAAAAGGGUCAAUAUACACAUAAAAUAUACCAUUUAAAAAGGUGAGUUACAUGACGAUGUAUGAGUGUGUUUAAAAAAAACUAUGGUUGUAUUGUAUUUUAAAUGCAUAUGAUUCAAAAUGCACUUUAUGCACCAUAACAACUACAGUUAAUUGUUGUAGUUAUGAUAAAAAGAGACUGUGUGUGCCAUCCCUAAUUUUAUUCAACCUUUUUGGCAGAAGUUUUAUUUAAAAAACAAACAAAAAUAACUGUUUCUCCCUGACGCUCAAUAAUCAUUCUACCAUCAUCAGUGUCAAUUCUGUUCAACUAUAACUGUAGUGGCUAUGGUGAAUAGAUUGCACUCCAACAAUUAAGUUUGCUGCAUUCUAUGCAUAGUUUUAUAGGAUGAUGCAUUCUUUACAUUACAAGUUACAUAAUAGUAAUGUUUGUAACAUAGCUGCAGUUAGAGUACCUUAGUAAAGUUAAAGAACUACCAAGAGUAUGUUACAAGCUUGGUGUUUCUAUCACAAACCCCAAAUCAUUGUGUUACAGCAAAUAUACCUGACUCUGCCAUUGCAAUACAUGGGUGUUCAUGCUGUAGAAAUAGGGGGAUAGACCAAAUAGGGGGAGGAGGCAUUGUUAUGUAUGUUGACAAGUCUGUUACAUUCCCCCUUUUACAAAACUAUAGUUACCCUGCCACCUUUGAUUUCCUUUCUGUACAAUCAAGAUCCUGUACAGUGAAUUGAUCAUUGUUGCUGGUUUUUACCGCCCACCUAGCUCUCCAGCACACUGCUCUUCAACAUGCAGCCUUGCUCUUUCCAGUGUUUUUUUUUUUUUUUAAUAAAACUGAAUUUAGUAAACAGAAAUAAUGUAGAUAUACAUGUCAAACUUGCAGGUGAAAAUGUACACAAUUCUUGUGCAAAGUUUGCUGAAUAAUUUUUUUUUUUUUUUUUAAACAAAUUUUCCAUCUUCUGUUCCCAGUAAAGUUCCUGGCUUUGUAAAGAUGUUUGCUCCUGAAGGAUCCCUAGUAUUUCACGAAAAAGCAUGGAAUGCAUAUCCUUACUGUCGAACAAGUAAGCAACUCUGAUGCACUUUUUGGUCUUUUAGCAAGAUUCAGAGAUUUGUUGGCUAUGUGUUUAAUUGUCUGGCUUCAUGAGAUGAGGUUAUUGUGGAUUUGGAAUGUCCCUUUCCAUUAAUAAACUACUGGUCUCCUAGCAUCAUUGUUAUUGCCUUUAAAUGCAUUAUUACAAUUUUAACAAAAACAUAUUUUAGUCAAAUUCUUUACAAAUUUAUAGCAAAAAGGUGAUUUCUGGGGGGAGCUCCUGACAGCCGACUAUUUUAAUCUUUUUGCCUCCUUUUGCACCCCAAACGAUCUAAUUUGGCUCCCACGAGCGGUAACCACAGGGACAUACACACUUUCAAAACACUGCAAUGGCGCAAGUGUUACCGCAGUACUCAGAGACAGGGGAGUGACCUACAAAUGGGGGCCCCGCAGAGGCCUUAAGCCACUCAUGCUGGCAGCCAAUGCUACUUUUCCUCGCCUGAGGAAUUUUUCAGCUGGUUGAUUUUACAGCCUACUGCCAAUGUAGGUGACAACCCCCCCGGGAGUGCUUCGAGAUGUCCACGCUUUAAUUGAACCACAAGGUCCGAUUCUGAAGCGACAGUAUGUAGAGACCCUGGCAGCGUCCGCACCGUGAUGAAGCCUGACUCCUGGUCCUUGAGCAGAUAGGUGAAGAUGCAGGACACUGCUCCUUUCCUACCUACACUCCGUGUCUCUGGAGUUCAGUGGUUUAGUUAAUUGCUUCAGAGGUCUUACAACUGCACACUUAAUUCUACUAAUGUUGGAUAAAGAAUUAUUCCGCCCAGGCAGUAUAGACUAUUUCCUACUUUAAUUUUAUAUUGAUGUUCUCAGCCGGCUCUGAAUUUGCGCUUUCAUUCCUUACCAUCUUGAGAUUUUAGCAUACCCAUCUCCUACUUUUUUUAAAAAACAAACAAAAGGGGCAGUAUUUUCACUACAAUCUGAUAAUGUUUAUUCCAUAUGAUCUUGGUUUCUUAUCUGUUGUAAUACACAGAGCUGACGGAGCACUAUUUAUUUGGCCUCUACUCUUCUUUGGCGAUUUAGGUUAGCUGAUUCUAUAACAUAAGCCACAUGUCUGAGACUACCAUUCAUUGCUACUUUAGAAUUAAAGAAUUAGGUUGACUGAUGUAUUUUCAUGUUUUCUUUAUCUAACCGACACAAUGCAAUUAUCCACUUUCAUACUUUAGUUUGUCUGUAUGAGAACCAGUGAUAACCUCUGCGAAGGUUACCCAGCAUGGUGCUUGAUGUGACACCAACAUGUAUCAAUGUUAUUCUGUCAAAAGUAAAGAAUUAAAAAAAAAAAGAAGUGAUUUCUGUCUUAUUUGUAGAAUAAAUUAACGUUUAAUAAAGACUACAAAUGUCAUUGGUGCAAAUAAUUUGGAGACAGAGUGAAUAUCCAUUCCGCUGCACUACUCAUUGAAGGAACACUCCAAACAACAUAAACCACUACAGCAUAUUGUAGUGGUUAUGGUCCUAUGAGUGCUCUGGCACCCCCCCAGGCAUAGUUAAUUAGCAGAGAUUGUCAGUUGAUCGCCUCUGGUUAGAAAACAUAGUAUGAGAAGUCCAUUGGCCCACAGGUGUGUCGCCAUUCAAAAAUAGUUUGUCUACCUAUAAUGGGAACAAAGAUGGUGGGCAUCAGGGCAUUCCUGGCAUGUGCUGUAGUGGUUAUUGUGCUAUGAGUAUUCCUAUAACAGGGCCUUCUUGAUUUUGGAAGCAUGGAGAGAACGGAUAGGUUUGGUUAGGUAAAGGAAUACAGAUCUGUAUUCCUAAUACUAUAGUGCUCAGGUCCCUAAUUAUAUAUGGAUCCCCUCCUUUUGCCAUAAAAUUUAUUACAAUUAUAUUUUUACUCCUGUUUUUCCAGUGUCAAGACACUCAGUGCUGUUCACUUCCAGCAACAUCAUCAAGGAGGCAUGACCUAUAUGGUUAUACCCUGCCGUUUAGACUCAUUUGCCAACAUUCAGUGUGCACUCUUGAAUGCCGCUCCAUCUGCAGCAAUCUGAAUCCAACAGCCAUACACAACCUUUUCAUCUCUAGCUCACUCACACUACUAGCACUCACAGAGACCUGGCUUUCCCCCUCUGAUAGUGCUACUCCUGCAUCUUUAUGUUUCGGUGGCCUACAAUUCUCCCACACCCCCAGACUCAACUGUAAAGGAGGUGGUGUUAGGCAUCCUUCUCACCCUUCAAUGUACCUUUUAACCAGUCUCCCCUGCCCUACCCUUUACUUCCUUUGAAGUUCACACUGUCUGCCUAUCUACUCACUCCCUAUCCUCUAGCACUCCUUCCCUUCUACUUGGGGAUUUCAAUAUCCCAAUCAACAACUGAAACCGCACUAAUGCCUCUCGAUUGCUCUCUGUAACCUCCUCCUCCUUUGUCGUCAAGCAAAGGUCUAAUUCAGCAACCCAUACAGCGGGAAACACUCUUGGUCUCGCCUUCACCAACCUCUGUACCGCCUCUGUAAUCUCUCCAAUAUUCCUUUUCCUCUAUCUGACCACCAUCUGCUGACUUUUGACAUGAGCACAACCAGGACACAACUCACAUCACCCUCAGCACAUCAAUCUCACAGAAACCUCCAAUGUCUUGACCUAGAGCAACUCUCCACUAACCUCCAAACUCUCCUUUUACCUAUCACAAACCUCACCUGCCCUAGCUCUGCAACCUCCUUCUACAAUUCCACCCUCUCUAGACAUCAUGGCACCUCCUACACUUAAAUGCAGCAGGUGCCUCCAACCACAACCUUGGCACACCAAGCUGGCUCGAUACCUCCAAAAAUGCUCCAGAACUGCUGAAAGCUGCUGGAGAAAGUCUCACUCCGCAUCUGACUUUCUCCACUAUAAAUUUAUGUUGCGCUUUUACAGCUUGGCUCUUUCCUCUGCAAAAGUAAAUUACUUGAAUACUCUCAUAACCACACUCUCCCGUGAACCCAAACAACUAUUUCACACUCUUAACUCCAGAUCUCUACAGUCAGGAAAGAGAUCUCUCAUCUCUCUCUCUCUCUCCCCUUAAAAUACGCCCAUCCCCAUUCCCCCUGCUGUUCUAUGUUAAUUUGCACCUGCUACAGCAGAAAAGGUUUCUGCUCUGCUCUGGUCCUCCCGCCCCACCACCUGCUCCCUUGAUCCCAUUCCCUCGCAUCUCAUCUGUACUCUGUCUCCUUCUCUUGCUCUGCCUCUCACUAACAUUCUCAAUCUCUCCCUCUCCUCUGGCAUAUUUCCAUUACCCUUCAAACAUGCAACUAUAACCCCAAUUCUAAAGAAGCCCAACUUUGACCCUAACUCCCCGUCCUACUACCGCCCUAUCUCGCUACUGCCUUUUGCAUCCAAGAUCCUUGAAAGACUUGUGUAUGUGAGAUUGACAGACUUCCUCGAGUCCAACUCUCUGCUUGACCCACUUCAGUCUGGUUUCCGCACUCAGCACUGUGUGAAAAACCUUUCCGCUGCUUUUGACACUUGAUCAUGAACAGCUUCUUCUCAUACUCUGUAAUCUCGGUCUUCAAGAUAUUGCUCGCUCCUGGUGCUCCUCCUACCAGCGCUCUUAUAGUGUUUCUUUUUUCUGGCUCUGCCUUUCUCUCCCCCCCACCCCCCCACAACCCCUCUCUGUUGGUGUCCCCUAACGUUCAGUCAUUGGUCCCCUACUGUUCUCCAUCUAUAUUGCCUCUCUUGGUAAACUCAUCAGCUCCUUUGGCUUCCAAUAUAACUUCUAUGCGGAUGACAUGCAAAUCUAUCUUUCAUCCGCUGAUCUCUCCCCGCCCCUCUUGACUAGUGUCUUCAACUGCCUCUCUGCUAUUUCUAACUGGAUGGCUGCCCACUCCCUGACCUCAGCUUGUCCAAAACAGAACUUCUGGUCUUUCUUCCCUCAAGUGUUGCUACUCUUGUUUCUGUUUUCCUCAACGUUAAUGGUGCUCCACUACACAGGCUCACUGCCUGUUUCUUCUCUUUGACUCCGAACUCUCCUUCACCUCUCAUGUCCAGUUGAUCGCCAAAUCCUACCGCUGCCAUCUAAAAACAUUGUGCACCUCUGCCCCUACUUAACGCCAGAUGUGGCUAAGGUGCUGGUCCAUGCCACGUUCCUCUGUUGCCUUGACUACUGCAGUCAUCUUCCCUUCCGCCCACACCUCACUCCUCUGUCAGUCUCUGCAUUGGCUUCCGUAAGAUAUAGGGAUCAAUAUAAAAUUCUGCUUCUUGCUUUCAAUCUCUACAUAAUGCUACUCCCUCCUAUCUAUCCUCCUUAAUAUGUAAGUAUGUCCUGUCUAGGCCCCAAUGCUCUGCUGAAGACUUACGUCUAUCCUCUGUUCGUACUCACCUCUGAUGCUUGCAUUCAAGACUUCUCUAGAGCUGCACCGUUCCUGUGGAACUCACAUCCCUUUUCCGUUAGACACUCAUCCAGUGUCCAUUUCUUCAAAAAACUCAUCUUUUCACAAAAGCAUAUCAAUUAAACUGUUAAUGGCUCCCAAAUGAUUCAUCUCCUGCAACUGUCAUUUAAAAAAAAUUAAAAAAAUAUCACACUAAAUAUUCAGUGAAUUCUAUUGUGCCAAUCUAGUUCCCUAAUACUUCCCUUAUCUUUUGUGUCACUAUACCCCACUCCCUCUAGCAUGUAAGCUCAUUGAGCAGGGCCCUCAACCCUGUGCUUCAAACAGGUCUGGUUACAAUUAUGUUUGUUAGUCCACCCAUUGUAAAGCGCUACGGAAUUUGUUGGCACUAUAUAAAUAUAACCAUAAUAAUUGUUGGUGAUAUCUAAUGCUUCUUCCCCAUAGUAAAGUAUUGAAUUUGAUGCUUUCCUAUGAGCUUCCAGGUUAUGUGAUGGAGUUUUACUUGGUCAGCAGAAGCCUCUCUCUCGUGACUGUCAGUGUGACAGCCACUAGAGAUGGAUUUAAAGUAUUACUUCAACCACCAUGACCACUUUAGUAAUGUCAAGUGGUCAUGGAGGUAGAAGCCUGGAUGUGUAGUGUUUUUGUUUGAAACAUUGCACAUUCAGAAUUAUUUGCACUUACGUGUCUAGUUACAACACCGGCACAUGUGUGUUAGACAACCUUGGAACUCUGCUCUGUGCUGCAUGGGGAAUGACCGCUCUCUCCUCCCUCCCACUGUGCGGACCUUCGUGACUCCCUCCAUGGAUAUAAAGAUAUAGAUAUUUAUCUUUUUUUUUCAUUUUAGAAAUCCUUCUGUUUGUACUCAGAGCCUGCAAAACUAUUAAAUCACAGUCUCCUCUAUGAGAAGCCUGUGAUUGGACUGCAUGAAGUCCCUUUGUGCUGUGACAUCAGACAAAGGAGGGAGAUCUACGCUGGGAGCUUUACAAUUAAAAAAAUAAAUGCAAUGUUUUACACUGUAUGGUUAAAAGGACAGGACCACUGCAUCCAGAGCUCUUCAUUGAGAAAAAGUAGUCUAGGUGACUAGUAGUCCUUUAACCCCUUAAGGACUCAUGACGUGUGACAUGUCAUGAUUUCCUUUUAUUCCAGAAGUUUGGCCCUUAAGGGGUUAAAGCAUUUGAUUCACCAGAUUAGUCAUGCAUUGAAGCUUACAGGUUGUGUUUAUAUCUUUUAGAAAUCCAACAUCUAUUGGAUGUUUAUUUUAACAUGGCCCAUAGGUUGCCUACCCUUGAUAUACACCUAUGUUUAGAUUUAAUUCUGUCUCUACUUACUUUCAUCUUGUUUUUCAAAUUCAUAUAACAAAGUACGUAUGUUCAUAAAUUCACUCUUUAUUUUUAAUAAGCAUAUACACUGAUCAGCCACAACAUUAAAACCACCUGACUAAUGUAAUGUAGGUCCCCCUCUUGCUGCCAAAACAGCUCUGAUGCAUCGAAGCAUGAACUCCAGAAGACUUCUGAACGUGUCCUGUGGUAUGCUGCACCAGGACAUUAGCAGCAGUUCCUUUGAGUCCUACAAGUUGUGAGGUGGGGCCUCCAUGGAUCGGAUUUGUGGACUACACUUUGAACUCUGUCAUGUUCCUCAGUCCAUUCCUGAACAAUUUUUGCAGUGUGGCAGCAUGCCUUAUCCUGCUGUAUAAAUGCUCUGACCCAGUUGUCUAGCCAUAACUAUUUAUCCCUUUUCAAAGUCACUCUGAUCUUUUCGCUUGUCCAUUUUUCCUGCUUCCAACACAUGAAAUUAAGUAAAGAACUGACUGUUCACUUGCUGCCUAAUAUAUCCAACCCAAUGACCGUUGCCAUUGUAACAAUAUAAUCUAUGUUAUUACGUUACCUGUCAUGGGGUUUUAAUGUUGUGGUUGAUCAAUUUAUCUCUCGAAGCAAGUUAUUAAGUUGUCAGUCAGUCAGUCCUCUGCAAGUCUUCUCCUCCUUUUAACUGAUAAAUUGUGCAGAGAAUUCUUUUGGUGGCAAUACUGUGGUUUGUGAGUUAUCGCUCCACCUUUCUCUUUGUGAGGGAUGAAUACAGUAUAUCAAUUGUCAUGUUUUAAGAUAUAAAAAUAUCAGUGGAAUAAGUGUGGCAUGGAGAACAAAUGGUGUAACAGAUGUACUCCUUUAUCUUGCAUUUUAGGGAAUGGUUACUCCCCCCCCAAAAAUGUGUAUUCCUCCUUCAGUUGCAAUGUUUAUCAUGGCUCUGCCAGGAUUUAGCUGGAUAGCAGGACAACUCCAUUUUAACUCUGUGUAAACGUUGUGUUCUAAAAUGGGGCAGAUACUGCAUGGAGGACUGCAUACAUGAAAUUAUUUCCCAUAUGGAUUACCUUUUGUGCAUGCACAUGUCUGCCCUAGAUUAGUAUUGGCUACACACCUGUAUACAAACCUUUGUGCACUGCUGAUAAAAUCACAUAUUUUGUUCAUUUUUAAAGUGUAGUAAGUAACUCUUCAUCUUCAGUUAAACAACUUAAAGUGGCACUGUCAUGCCGGACUUAUUUUUUUCCUAUUGUUUCCUCUUUUCUUCCUCUCUCAGAAUAUGUUCUUUUCUUUGUGAUCUAGUUUUCUUUAAAACAUAAGACAAAGUAGGGACUACUUUGUCUCAUGUAUUUUUUCCUACGCUUGCCUUUUUUUGACCAAAAGGGGAGCUUAAGUCCGCUCCAUUUCCUGUGUGAAAAAAAAAAAAAAAAAAAAGUACUCCUCAUCAUUCUCCUUGACACAGGAACUGGAGCUGACUUGAGCUCCUCCUGUGGUCAAAGAAAGUCAAGUGUAGGAAAAAUACAUAAGACAAUGUAGUCCCUACUUUGUCUUAUGUUUUAAUGAAAACUAGACUAGAAAUAAGGAAAGGUGAACAGAUUCUGAGAGAGGAAGAGAAAAGGGAACAAUAGGAGAAAGGCAAGUUUCGGCAUGACAAUGCUGCUUUAAAAGGAUACUCUAAGCACCAAAACAACCUUAGCAUAAAGUAGCUCUGUCACCUCAGUCUUACCUUUCUCCUAUUGUUUCUUCUUCUCUUCCUCUUUCAUAAUCGGUCUUCUUUUUUUCAUUUCUGAUCAAUUUCUCUUUAAAACUUUCUCAUGAAUUUUUCAUACACUUGACAAUUUUGACAAAGGGUGAUGCUUAAAGGACCACUCUAGGCACCCAGACCACUUCAGCUUAAUGAAGUGGUCUGGGUGCCAGGUCCUUCUAGGGUUAACCCAUUUUUUUUUAUAAACAUAGCAGUUUCAGAGAAACUGCUAUGUUUAUUAAUGGGUUAAGCCUUCCCCCAAAGCCUCUAGUGGCUGUCUCAUUGGCAGCCACUAGAGGCGCUUGCGUGCUUCUCACUGUGAUUUUCACAGUGAGAGCACGCAAGCGUCCAUAGGAAAGCAUUGUAAAUGCUUUCCUAUGCGACGGGCUGAAUGCGCGCGCAGCUCUUGCCGCGCGUGCGCAUUCAGCCCAGGAGGAGGAACGGAGGAGGAGAGAAGGAGAGCUCUCCGCCCAGCGCUGGAAAAAGAUAAGUUUUUAACCCUUUCCCCCUUCCAGAGCCGGGCGGGAGGGGGUCCCUGAGGGUGGGGGCACCCUCAGGGCACUAGAGUGCCAGGAAAACGAGUAUGUUUUCCUGGCACUAUAGUGGUCCUUUAAGGCUUUUUUGUCAAGUUUGUCAAGCAAACAAGGCUAAAUCACUUUAGCUUGCUGAAAAGCUUCAUAUGUGAAGAGUGUGUACUAUUUUUAUUCAUUUUGCAAAAAGUGCAGAUUUCAAUAAAUUAACCUGGUUCCACCCUCUGGCUUACAAGCAGUCAACUGGUUAUGUUAAUUCCUGAUAGUUUAUCUCAGUGGAGCUAAACUCAAGAGGCACCAAUUGUCCAGAGGACCUGUCUUGCUAUGACUUCUCAUUGUGCGGCAUUGGGAAGUCUGUGAUUGGACAGCAAAAAAAAAAAUCUAGGUGGGGUUAGAAAGGCUAAAGACAAGAGCACUCCAUCUUUUACAAAUGGUUUUUAGAUAUGCCCAAUGAAAUAAUACAUAAUUAAAUGCAUGAAUAUUUUUAUUGGGGGUAUAUCUUCUAAACAGUGCUUUUUAUUUGUAGUAUUUGGGUAGUGGAGUGUCAAUUUAAAUUUCACCCUUUGUCAAGACAGUGAAGCUUAGGAUAAAUACAUGGCAAAAGGGCAUUUGCAUUUUAUGUGCUGCAUAACCAUUCUCAGGUCAAUAUAUUUUUAGUGGCUGGUGUGUGUGUUGAGAUUUAUAUUUAUUUUAUGUUAAUAAAAAAAUAUCAAUUUAAGUUAAUAAUAAUUCCAUUUUGCUUUUCCUUCUAUGUUUGUUCCUGUUCAUUGUGCUCCAGUUGUAACGGUAAGUUAUAUAUUUUUUUUAUUUCACUUUUUUGUGCUAUUCUAUGUCUGCCUCAGGCGCAUCUGUUUAGUGUGCUAGUAUUAUGUAGGAGUCACCUUUUGAACCACAUUUUCUUCUGUCACACCACUUUCAGAUGCCACACUUUUUACAUGUCUUUUAGUCAUUGCACAGUUAUGGUAAGCGAAGGACGUUGUCAAGUUGUACACGAUGUCAUCCCUUACAAGUUUGUCUAAAUUAGAGGGACACUCCAGGUUGUAGUUGAUGCCUUGUCUGUUUUGCAUUAUUUAUAACCUUAGGAAAAAUAUGCAAUAUAUAUAUAUGUAUGUGUAUGUGUGUAUAUGUAUGUGUAUGUGUAUAUGUAUGUGUGUGUAUAUAUGUAUGUAUAUGUAUGUAUAUGUAUGUGUGUAUAUAUGUGUUGAAAAAGAAAAAAAAAAAAGAUAUUCACAUGUUAAGUUCCUGCAUUUGCAGCUUCUACAUUGAACUUUCACCAAACCAGGAUAUCAGUCAGCCAGUCUUGUUUACUUAAGUUGAGCUGCUGAGCUUACCCGUUAACCACUUAAACAAUUUAGGCUCUGUAAGGUACCACAACAACUUCAUCUAAUUUAAGUUGUUAUUGGGCCAGGAGGACCCUGGGUGCAAUCUUACCUCAAGGGGUUAAAAAGCUCUAAACUGAGUAACCCUUACUCACCAUCACCAGACAGCAUCCGGCUUCUGAAAUUUCAGUUUUACUAAGCAUGGAGUGGCGGUCAACUGACGCUCUCAGCCAAUCAGUGACUCCCUAUUCACAAAACUGUCUUGGAAAGACAUGUACCUUUUGCAAGCCAGUUUUAGAUUAAGUUGUUAUGGUGCUUGGAGUGUUCCUUUAAUGACCACAUGACUGCCUAUGCUGUCAUGCAGUGCAGGGCUUUAAUGCAGUAAAAGUACCAGUAGGGGUUAAAUCACUGCUGCCUCCUGCAUCAAAAAAGCCCCCCACCUCCCAGGUUUCUUCUGAUACCUUGGUGUCCCCUCGGCCAGUUAGUGUCUCCAGACUGACAGGAGAGCCCAGCACUCAUCUCUGUGUCCUGCAGAGGGCCUUCUGUACUAUGUGAGCUUGGAAAUCCCUCUGUUCAUGUUAGUAGUGACAUCAGCAGAGGGAAUCCCUUGAGAGGUAUAAUGAGGGGGUGGGAAUAUAGGAAAGAUUGUGGGUUUGAUGUGGGGUAGGGGAAAAAGGUUAGAUUAUAGGUAGGCGGUGUUUUUGGUCACCCACUCCUUUUUCAUAUUUCUCAGUUGGGGAGGGGCAUAUGGAGACUAGCUAAGUGUAUUAUUCUAUUUUUCAAAACUGAUGCUUCCUUAAAGUAAUGAAAACUUUGUUUAUUUACAAUUGUGUCUGGCACACAUUUUAGGUGUUAAUUGUUAUUAUUCUCAUCUUUAUGCAUUACUUUGUUAGUUUAAACUCUAAAUCUGGUCCAGGGAGUGAACUACUAUGUUUACGCCAGGUACUAUCUUCGUUAGAGCUAGUCUCGUGGUUUCACUGAGUUUUUAGUAUUAUGUAUUUCUUGAAUUAUGUUGUAACUCUGCAUGCACUGAAACAGAGUGUGCCUGGGGAGCGUAGCUAUGGAAGCGUGCCACACCUUAUUAGACCUUGCUUUGGUUACUGAAUAUAUUUUAGGGAACUAGAUCACAAAUCACAUUAUGAAACUGGAAAGUGCCCAAGGAUGAAGGUCAUAGUUAUUAUAGUAAUAUUUUAGAUUUAAGGAAAGGUGAGGCUCUACCAUAUUUAAUUUUCUAUUGUCCUUUAUAUCGUUUAUAUUUUGCAGCAUGGUCCAAAGGAAAGAGUAAUAUUAGUAAUAUUAGUAAUAUUUUAAUCUAAAGAGAGAGUCCUGGUUUUCAGAGUUUAUGGGAGAUAAGUGAUAUGUUUUGUGUGCUCUUUAGAUGCGUAUAUUUGCUCGUAAAUGUUUUUACUGUGUCAUGUGCCCUGGUUAUUAAAGGGACACAAUAGACAUCAUUAACACUUCAGCUUAUUAAGUGUUCUUGCAUAGCAAGACUACUUAAUGUUAUCACACAUAUAUAUUCUUAUUAUUAUAGCCAAAUUUACCACCCUAACUCCUCCCACAGUUUUUACACCACAUAGACAGUAAUAUACCAAAAUGUGCAGAUUGUUCCUGAUUGGUGUGCUAUUACUUUGUGGAAUGUUUCGCUGAAAGGUUCAAGAAAUCGUCGUUUUUAUGGCGAAAUUGGUCCCAUAGGAAUGAAUGUCGAAAUGUUCAAAACUAGAGUGGGAGCGGACAAAAGCUGAAAAAUCAGGACAUGAUUUCUAAAAUGCCACCACUCCCUCAUUUUCAAGCCCACCUACACAAAAUCUUAUAUCAAAACGUUUAGCUAUCCCUGCUGCCACUAAACAUGUCCACGGCUAAGCCAUAGUCCUGAUAGUUUUCACAAUAUGACCAUUUGUUUGCAACUCACACGUUGGUGGAAUGUUCGAGGGAUUUGAAAGCUCUUCUCUGCCCUUGCUGUAGAGUGAGUGAACCACACUCCAACCUUUCCACAGUUACUCCAGCCACUCCAACCACACAACAGUUACUCAAGUCACUCCACCCAGUUACUCCACCCACUCAAAUUGUAGACUACUGGUGGAGGCAAGAACACUUCACACAAUUUCCCCAGAAAUUGUAGCUUUUCUAGUUAAAAUUGUUAUGCUGCUCACCCAGCUCCAGUUGUCAUAUAGCAGGAGCAAUGUUGUAUUUGCAAGUUCUCCAUCCUAUGGAUCAAUGCAUGCAAAUCCCCAUGCACAUCAGCACGGUAUGUGUGCCGAGAGCCCAGUGGUGUGACUGCCUUAAAAUGGAGCUACAAUUUUAAAACCAUAUUUUGUUAGUUUGAUAUGUGUGUUAGAAUUCUAUGCAAUGUAAGGCUGCAGAAAUUGAUUCUGACACUUCAGUAAGCUGCAGUGGUUAUGGUGCAUAGUGUCUCCUUAAUUACAAAGUAUCUCUUCUUUAAAUUGGAACGGUCACAUACUUUGAAAUUUUGGCUCAACUGGUUGUCUGAGUAAAAGUUACCUAUAUACUUAUUUUUUUUUGUCCCGAAAUACUCAACUGUUUUUAUUUUUUAAUUGCCAUUAUAUGCCUGGCAGUUCUGCAUGUGUUAUACAAAUUAAUUUAACCCCAUUUGUGCUGUAUGUUACAUUACCUUUUUUUUACCCCCAAAAAAAAAAAAAGCUUGUAUACAUCUUUAAUUUGCAUCUAGCAACCUUGUUAUCUUGUUAUAAUCUGUAACAAGUGUUACUCUCUCCUUACAUUUUCUUUUCCCUUUCCCUUUCCCUUCAGUCUGUAUCAAUAAACAUUCCAAAAUGGUGAAGUCAGUCAGUGGAUAAUCCAGGUUUGGCUCUUAUUGUAUACAGAGACUUCAGUAAAGUGAAUUAGUUUUUAUUGAUACCCUACUGCACCCCCUCAGCCUCUCCUCUGGGAUGUCCCUUUUCAGUGAGGGGGUGUAGUGUUAAAGGAACACUAUAGUCGCCUAAAUUACUUUAGCUAAAUAAAGCAGUUUUAGUGUAUAGAUCAUUUCCCUGCAAUUUCACUGCUCAAUUCACUGUCAUUUAGGAGUUAAAUCACUUUGUUUCUGUUUAUGCAGCCCUAGCCACACCUCCCCUGGCUAUGCUUGACAGAGCCUGCAUGAAAAAAAACCUGGUUUUACUUUCAAACAGAUGUAAUUUACCUUAAAUAAUUGUAUCUCAAUCUCUAAAUUGAACUUUAAUCACAUACAGGAGGCUCUUGCAGGAUCUAGCAAGCUAUUAACAUAGCAGGGGAUAAGAAAAUCUUAAUUAAACAGAACUUGCAAUUAAGAAAGCCUAAAUAGGCUCUCUUUACAGGAAGUGUUUAUGGAAGGCUGUGCAAGUCACAUGCAGGGAGGUGUGACUAGAGUUCAUAAACAAAGGGAUUUAUCUCUUAAAUGGCAGAGGAUUGAGCAGCGAGGCUGCAGGGGCAUGUUCUAUACACCAAAACUGCUUCAUUAAACUAAAGUUGUUCAGGUGACUAUAGUGUCCCUUUAAGGUGAAGUGUCUAGCUUCAGGGAAAACCUGUCCUCCCUGUGGGAUCACAGAUACGGUAAGUUGUUAUUCUUUUUUUAUUAUUGAUGGGUUUUUUUUCUCUUUAAUGGAAGAGGUAAAGGGAGCCACAAAGCUUAGUUCACCCAAAACAGUGUUUUACCAAAACACUUUUAUUGGUUGGAGUACCCAUGUAGUGAAGUGAUUUGAAGGCAAAGAUCCCUGCUUUCCACUGUUCCCUCCCCCCAUAUAUAUAAAAAAAAAUCAUUUUAAAUUGUAAGAAUUGCAAAUCUUCAUUUUAUGGUUAGUUUGGUGAUCAUAGUUUUUGUCAUCGAAUGGAAUUGAAAAUAGAAACUGCUGGAUUUCUGUCUAUCAAUCCAUCUAAAGUCAUACAGAAAACAAUUAAAGUUAUUGUUGCUAAGUGUCAUUCUUCAAGCUAUUGAAUCAUAAGGUGUACUUAGUUUUUUUCAAAAAUGGCUUCUACAUUAUGGCUUUAUUUUUGUUAAAUAAAUCAUGACACCGUGUAAUAUGUCAUGUGCUGUUCACCUGAGCUUGUAUUUACCUAAUUUUAUGACCUGCUAAGCAACUAAUGUUAUCAUGGCCUGAUAUGUUAAACCAUAGAAUUCAAAGAGGAUUACUGUAAAUGUUUAAUUCUCUUAAAAAUCAUUGCAUUUUUAGAAUGAAUAUAUGAAAGAAGACUUCUUCAUUAAAAUUGAAACCUGGCACAAACCAGAUUUGGGAACUCAAGAAAAUGUGAGUUAAUUGCACCUUUAUAUACCUAACUUUGUUACAAUGUUUCUAUCCGAGCACCAUAAUCUGUGGUCUAUUCCAAUAUCUAAUUAUUUGUUAGUUGUGUGCAUUUCCAAUCCUGUAUAAAAUAGGUUUAUUUCUGCUUAAUUCCUCUUAACAGAAAUGACAUUGGUGAGUGUUCUGGUGAAUAUGCCAUGGACCCUGUAGGCUGCCAGUGGCAAGUAACUCUUAACUGGAUUGUAGUAUAGGCCUUGAAAUUUGAAUCCUUAAAAAAAUAUAUACAGUGGGACCUCUGUUUACAAACGCCUCGGUUAACAUAAUUUUUGGUUUACAAAUGAAAAUCUAUUGAAAUCGAGUGUGGAGGUGUUGGAGUGGCUUUUGCAUUGAGUUUUGGAGCCAUUCUGGAAAAUUGUUUGCAGUUGUUUUGGGACUUUUUGGUGCAUUUCUGAAGCUGUGGAAAGGUAGUGAGCUGAGCUUCGUCGUUUGCAUGCCUUUUAUUGUGUUUUCUGCAUUGUGGGUUGGUUUCCAUGCCAGCUCAUUUUGACUUCUUUCUGACCUCCAGAACGGAUUAAUUGGUUUUCAAUGCAUUCCUAUGGGACACCGCGUUUCGGUUUACAAAUUUUUCGCAAUAAGAAAUGUCCCGGAGAAGGCAAUAAAUUCGUAAACCAAGGUCCCACUGUAUGUUUUUUUUUUUCUCAUGUUUAUUUAAAAAAAUGCAAUUUGCAGUGCAGGCUCAUUUUGUAAGCUUUCCUUUUUACAUACAUAUACAUUUUUAUAAUAUUUUUUUUUAAUUGAAAUAUCAAAUAUUAUUUCCAGGUACACAGCCUAGACCCGAAUAUAUGGAAAACAGUGGAAGUGGUCCAAAUUGAUAUUGCUGAUCGAACUCAAGUAGAACCAGCAGUAAGUAAUCCAGCAUCUUGUUCUAAAAUUUGUUCUAGAAUUUGUUUAAUUGAAUAUAUGGAAAUAUUAUCCAAAACUAGAUAUUUUGUCAGGUUGGCUAAUUUCAGAUAUAAUUUAGCAAAUCUAGAUUUCUUUUCAUCAAAGGCUUAAAGCUAUAAAUUAUAAUAUAGAAAGACUAGGAGGUCUGGCAUGAAGGAGGGAGGGGAAAAUAUUCGAUUGAGGCCAUUAUAAAAACAGUCCUACAGGCUUCUCCUUAAAGGUGCUGCGUUUAAUAGAGGACCUUCACUAUGUCCAGGCUUCUACACAUGCAGACUACGAAGUACUUUGUCACUUAAGUCAUUUACACAUACAGUGGUAUGAAAAUAUUUUAAGUUAACAGAAUAUCAAUUAUCAUUUAUAGAGAACAAUUUUCACAGCACUGUGAAAUAGGUGGCGUAGCAAACAAAUUGGUGUACAUGGCUUGUUGGUCUUUUAAUGUUUUUAUUUUUUUAUUUUUUUUUGUGCCAAGGUAGUUAUAUUGGAAUUGUAUCACAAUUUUCAAACUCUCUGUGACCAGAUAAUUAAAGACAGUGAUGACAUAUUUUUGUGCUCAAGUGCAAAAUCCUGUGCAGAAAUCAGUUAGCCAAGCUGAAAACACACAGAUUUAUAAAUGUUUACCUUUUCCUUACCGUCACCCCUUUUGCAUGUUCAUCCCUCCAUAUCAUAACACCCUUUCUAGGUAGUGUCUUUUUAUGCUCACUCUGUUUUCAUUUUUGUUCCCCUUUACGUUUUAUGUUCUCACUUCCGUACCAGAUUGGACGUUAGCCACCUUCUUUCUCACAUUUAUUUCCAGUUUUAUUUCAUUAUUAAUUUUUCACCCUGUCAAUUUUUUUUAUUUUUUUUUAUUUUAUAUAAUUGCUUUUUCCCACCCUUAGUUAGACUCCUCCUGUCUUUCACUACAUAUCACUCCUCUUCUUCCUCACUCGAUCGGUUUCUAUUUUCCCUCUAAAUUGUUAAAACUCCUACACACCCCAUUGCUUCAUGUCCCUAUGUUCCUUGCCCCUUAUCAAUAUUGGCUUCCAACUUAUUGUCUUUACCCUUCUGUCACAGUAAACAUCCUAUUCCCUUGUGGGGUUCUCCUUUGUAAACGACUGCAAAGUGUUAAAGUACUUUACAUGCACUAUAUACCGAUUAUCUGAGAAUGACGCCUUUUGGGCAUUAAGUACCUGUUCAUGGAGCAUUUAAUUGAGCCUAAAGGACUGAUUGCGUUUUAAGUACUCUGUGCCAGAAGUGCCAUCCAUACCAUAGGCUGUCCAUCACUUAGUCUAACGCAGCAACAGUAUCUGUGACUUGCUCACAUCUCUUCACUGUGCAGAACCGAGAGAAACGUUUUUUUUUCCUUGUUAUUUUUUUUUGUUUUUGCACUGAAGUGCUUUUGACAUAACCAAAGAAGCAAGUUAAUACUUUUUUUUUUUUUAUUUAGAAGAAAACAUCAGCUUAAUAUAUAUAAACACGGUUAACGUAUAUUAUAGACAAAGCGCAGUAUUCUGGUACAUGGAAAAUUUACUGUGAACAGUGUGGUACAAAUUAUGUGAUUUGCAGUGGUAUUUUGAAUCAUAGCCCAUGGUUUGGUUUAAAAACAUGGCCCUGAUACUCCUAGCCUGCACUUUGACUUAGUGAGCUCUGGGACUGUGAAGGAGUGAGUUCUGUAGUGUACACCCACCGGAGGUACAGCUCUUCACCAGUUGACUAGCUGGAAGUUUAACACACGAGGAACUAAUGCUCUGUCACACAGACCGGUCAAUGAGGGGGUGCAAAACUAAGUACCCACAAACUACACACAUACAUUACACACAGCCAGCAAAUAUCUUUCACAUACAGACAUACCACACUUACACAUAGCCUGCAACCAACACUCACACAAUACACACAUCCUGCAACUAUCACACAUACAAUACACACGGCCUGCAACAAACACGCACACAAUACACAUGGCCUGCAACCAACACGCACACAAUACACACGGCCUGCAACCAACACGCACACAAUACACACGGCCUGCAACCAACACGCACACAAUACACACGGCCUGCAACCAACACGCACACAGUACACUCUGCCUGCAACCAACACGCACACAGUACACUCUGCCUGCAACCAACACGCACACAGUACACUCUGCCUGCAACCAGCACGCACACAGUACACUCUGCCUGCAACCAACACGCACACAGUACACUCUGCCUGCAACCAGCACGCACACAGUACACUCGGCCUGCAACCAACACGCACACAGUACACUCGGCCUGCAACCAACACGCACACAGUACACUCGGCCUGCAACCAACACGCACACAGUACACUCGGCCUGCAACCAACACGCACACAGUACACUCGGCCUGCAACCAACACGCACACAUAUGGAAAAGUAAAAAGAUUUGUAUUUUUUUUUUUUUUUAUAUGCGUUUAUUUAAAUAUAAAUGUUUAAAGGGAACACUAAAGGGCUUGAAAUACAGACCUGUAUUCCUGAUGCUUUAGUGUGCCUGUAUCUAGAUAUAGAGGUCCCCUCCCACCCAUGUUUGCCAUAUAAAUAAUAAAAUAAAGGAUUUUACUCCUCUUUUUCAGCGCUCACUUGGCGCAGCUAACCUCUCUCCCUCCUAUGACGUUGUGGAACAGACACAGUCUCCUCCGGCGACAUUCCAAUCCAAUGCUUUGCAUUGAGGAGCAUUGGGGACCUGAUGCCCAAGUGAGGCUAGCGCCACACAUGCAUCCAAGUUUCCCACAUUAAUGGUUUGAAUCAAUGCUUUCCUAUGGGGGCUGCAAACACACGUGACCGUUUUAUUGGGUUCUGUAGCCCAAGUGCCUCCAGUGACCAUUAGUGUAACAGCCACUGCAGCUGUGUUUCACCCUUCAAGAUAAACCUUUCUGCAAAACAGCAGUGUUGUACUAUAACUGGUUGAUAUAACACAACCUGUGCACCCAGUGCAUUCACAAAGUAUUAAGACCCAUUCAUUUUUGUUUCUUGCAUUGCAGACUUAAUGCUACAAUUGUAUAAGUAAUUUUAUGAUGACUGUUUCCAUUUUGGCCAUUUUCACUUGUUAAUACCUUCUUAGCCCUGUAAUAACCCAUAAUGACCAACAAAUGUAUUAUUUUUGUAAAAAAAUUGCAAUGUAUUAAGAACAAAAAACUGAAGUCUCCGUUUGCUACAAAACUUGUAUUUUAGCUGAGAUGCAUUCCAUUUUUUGGGAUCAUCUUUGAGAUGUUUCUGCAUGUUGGUUUGAGUUUACCAGUUUCAAAUGCAAUUGCUUGGACAUGAUUUGGAAAGGCACACACUUGUCUAUAUAUAAGGUCUCGUGGUGGUUAAUUCAUAUUAGAGCAAAAAGCAAGCCAUGAGAUCAAAGGAACUGCCUGCAGAACUCAGAGACUAGAGAUAGGAUUGUGCGGGAAGGCUACAAACAAUCUAGACUGCAUUGAAGAUUCUAAAGGGCACAAUGACCUCUGUAAUUCUUAAAUGGAAGAAGUUUGGAACAACCAGGACUCUGGCUGUCUGGCUAACUGAACAAUCAGGGGAGAAGGGCCUUGGUUAUACAGGUGAGGAAGAACCUGAAAUUCACAAGUGAACUCCAGAGUUUGUGUGAUGAUGGGAGAAACUUGAGGAAGGACAGUCCUCUCUCUCUCUCUAGUGCUCCAUGGAACUGGCCAGACGGAUUCCUUUCCUCACUGCAAGAUACAUGAAAGCCCUCUUGGAAUUUGCAAAAAAAGCACCUAAAGGAUUUUCCUGUGAGAAACAAGAUUCUCUACUCAGAUGAAUCGAAGAUUAAACUACCAGGCUUCAAUUCAAAGUACCAUGUCUGGAAGAAACCAAGCAUCAUUCAGGGAUGUGAAGUUUAGGGUGCGUUUGUGUGGUUGCACAUGCUGCAACAGCAUCUACAAGAUCUACUGUACAGUAAAGUACUGUGCACAUGCUUUUGUGGUAGCAAGUACUUUUUAGUCAUGACUAGUAGCCUAUUCUUGGUCAGUUCCUGCAGAUUUGUCCUCUGCUUUCAUUCUAUGUAUCUCAUGUUCCACCACAUCCCAAAGGUGGAUGAGUUGGGUUGAGAUAUGGCUACGGUGGAGGCCGGUUAUGUGUGCUUUAGCAUUAUCCUGUAAUAAGUAGCUAAAGAAUAUGAGUAAAUUAACAAUAAAAGGAUGUGCAUGGUCUUAGAUGCUCUAUGCAUAGAAGUGUUGUAACGUGUGGUCAUUUUUGUUCACUAUGUCUGGCACAAGCAGUCAUUACAUUGUCAGUCACUUAAAUCACAUUUUCUUAUUUUAUUUUAUUUUUUAUAAUUUUUAUUUUUGUUCUGCAGGUGGUUACAUAGCGUUUUCUAUCACCAUAACAGUGUUGUCACAUAUCAUCCCAUAUAAUCAAUCUAAACAGUGGCAUAUUAGAAUUGCACAUUUUUGUUUUAUGGAAAUGCUUAACAUUUCUAAUGUGUCUCCUUGAAUAGUAUAACUGUUGGUUGCUUUAAGUACUCAUAUAUAUGCUGCAUUUGUGUAGUGGGUUAGGUAAAACAUUGCUUUUUCAUGUUAGACUAGAUUAGACGUUACACCUUGGAUCUGGACAUUCAGGUCUGUAUGUGUAGUUUGCUGUACACUAGGUAGCUAUGACGUCUGUUACAACAUGAGUAUGAUUUGCCAUGGUGAGUAUCUAGGUUGCUUAUUCAUGUUUAUGUGUAGUAACUAAAUGUUCGCUGAGAACAAAAGUAGUGAUAGAAGAGACAUGUUGGGUUAAAUGCAUGCUAUGUCAAGGCUUAGGUCAGGCACGCUUACUAUUGCGAGAGCCAUAGCUAGUACGGGCUUAAACGGAAAAUCUCACUGCUAAUUGGCAAUGGGCCUAAAAUGAAACAUAUAAAUAAGCCUAUCAGGUGAUUUUUUUUUUUUGAGAUCGACCAUCCGGUCGGCUGCUGGAGGAAUCGUGUGUUUGGCAUCAGGUGAUCCGUCAGUCCCCCUGCAAGGUUGUCACUCGAUUCCUUGACUGGGCACUGCUUGGAGUUUAGCAAAGGUGGCCCGGGUGCGAUACUCGUGUGAAGUGUGUCCACGAUCUAGGCCCCGUAUGUGGCCAGUUGCGCUUGGAGCAGAGUACAGAGGUGGCGGCACGUUGGGAGCGAGGCAAGUCCACCCUUCAGCCCCAGGCUGGAAAGAAAGCCGACAUCUUUGGUCUACGGACCCGUUCUCCUCUGUGGUCCGAGUGGUGGGGGGGUCCCGAUGGUCUGCUGCUGUCUGCGGCGGUAGACCCUCCAUGUGGGCAGUGUCUCCGGGUCAAGCCCUUGGUAGGCCAAUAAUAGGAGGUGCAGGUUUGCGAGGUAUAGCUAGGCCCGAGGGGGUCCUCCGAGCUCUCCGGUUCUCGACGCUCCGAUUUUCCACCCAUUGUUGGGGUAUAAUAAUUGGCGGUGCUCCAGAGCCUCCCAGAAUCUUUGGAAGUGCUCGUCUAGCUUCUGUAGUAUUUGGUCCACAGAGCUGAGGGCUGGUACAUGUUGCUCAUGUGCUUUCCCUCUAGGCCAGGACAGCAUCGCCAUCUGAGGUCGACUCUCUGAGCCUGGCUAGGCCCCGCUUCAGGUUUGGAGGUAAUUGCCGUGCCGAUUGGUUUAGGCAGUCGAGUGGGGACCGGGGUGACCCACGCCGGACCAGGGGAGGGGGGGUAGGAGAGUGUGUAGACUGGUGAUUUACCGGUAAGCGGGAAGAUCGGCCGCUUCCUCCCAUCUCCGGCAAAACAGGCAGCAGCGGUGUUUCUCCAGUCUCCAGUGAGUAGCCGGCUUGGUAAAGUCUCAAAUUGUGUCGCGGUUUCCCUUCUGAGUUCAGUAUGGCCUACAGUGGGUUAGAUCGCUGAAUAAUCGGGGUGGAAAUCCCUUAGUUUGCUUAUUCUGCAGGAGCUCGGGACACACACGUCUGCUCCUCUUGAUGGCUAGACUCCGCCACAUUUUCUUAUUUUAAUGUUUGCUUUGAUGACCAACUGAACCUCUUGACUGUGUAUCUUAGAAUACCUUUUUUAUUGGACUAAGAAGUUUGAAAUUAAAAGCUUUCUUGAAAUCCUUUAUAUCCAAUCCAAAGCAUUUCUGAAGAAAAGGACAUAUUGUGAUAUAGAGGUUAGAGAAACUGUCCUCCUCUGACCAUAAAAAGAUUAAAAACCGCUUUAAAUCACUUACCUGAUUCCAGCACUGAUGGACUUCUGCAGAGUCUGGUAGAUAGCCAUUAGAGCCAGUUUUAACACUGCAAUUUAAAAAAUUGCAGCUUCUCUAAACCCCCCGCCUCCUUUCCCCCCCCCCACCCCCUCCAUGGGCAUUGAAGGAUUAUUUGCUUACCCAAUUUCAGUGCCAGUCUCCAUCAGUGCUGGGCCUGGGGCAUGCGCAUCACAUUAUACCCUUCCCACUGAAAAGCAUUGAAUCAAAGCCGCUGGAUGUUCAGACCCAGAGUCUGGUAAACUCCCGGAAGCACCUUUCGUUGUUGUCUUAGCACUGCAAUGUAGUGUGUUUCAUUGUAGGAUUAAGUGGAACAGGGACAUUGCACCAACUACUUCAAUGAGCUGAAGAGGUCUGGGUACCUGUAGUGUCCCUUUAAGGAUCCUAGGUGAAUAUUGACAACCAAGGACCCCAUUCCUGGGGUGCCUUUGAACCUAUUGGCAAACAGAGACCAUUUUACUGGGAUACUUGUUAGUGAGCAGGGAUUAUAUAUAUAUAUAUAUAUAUAUAUAUAUAUAAUAUUAUUUUUUUUAGAUUUACUUGCUUGUCUGCAUGCAAAGACACUAUUUAGUCGCUCAUUGCUUAAAAUGUAUAUUUCAAAGAACUACCAUUCUCGAAUGAAUCAAUAGCACUGUUGCAUAUUUAAACUACUUCACAAGUUUAGACUAUUUUUACUGUGCAUUGAUGUACAAUGGAUACUGUUUUUUGUUUUAUUUCCAAGGGUUGCAGAAACUGCACAUCAGAAUUAGCCUACAGAAAUCCUUAGAGCAGAAGAUUCAAGUAGGUUACAGCUGUCUUCCCCUAGAGUAUGUUAACAGAACUAAUGAGAUGAGAAGUCUACAGCUGGUGGCAAACAAAAUAAACCACAAGCCAAAGGCUGGCCUUCAGUAGCUCCACUUUCCCUGUGGGAUCCUAAAGGAGAUUUAAUACUAAGAAAGCCAGGGGGCUGUCUUCUUCCACACUGUUGCUCAUUUGCAGCUGUAAUUGGGAACUGUAAAUUGUGUGUUCUAUGCUGAGUCUGUCAUAUAAUUUUAAAAUGUAUGUUUUGAUGAGAACUCCGUAAAGGAGCAGCGACACAGUUAUUAACAUGGAAUUUCUGAAAUUCAUGAUCUGAAGCAAUUGUAUUUUGGACGUUGGUUAAAUAUGUAAUUUCAAUUGUAGUUUAUAUGAAACUGAUUAAUUAUGCCUUUGAAACAGAUUAAAUAUACUUUCUUAAAUUACACGUGUUUAUAUAUGAAAGUCCUGAUCUAGGACUGAAACGUUGAUCACUCGUAGCAGUUGCUGAAUAAAGUUAUUUUUUCAUCCUUUAAAUGAAGUCCUUGGAGUGCUUUUCCUACACUAUAUAUAUAUAUAUUUUUAUAUAUAUAUAUAUAUAUAUAUAUAUAUAUAUAUAUAUAUAUAUAUAUAUAUAAUCUCAAAAUCCUUGAAAAACAGCCACAUAUCAUUAUCCCUCCUCCACCAAUCUGUACAGUUGGCACAAUGCAAUCAGGCAGGUAAUAUUCUCCUAGUAUCCGCCAAAGCCAGACUCACCCAUCACACCCCACAGAGAGGAAAUAAUUUCCAUUCAUAUUCACUCUGAAUUCUUGUGAGUACAUACAUUCUUAAUCUGUCAUUUUAUUUUUCUGCCUUCUCGUGGAUCCUUACAAAGAAUAUUUAGGACCCUCAGGAAGAAUGGUGUCCAUUUCCUUACCCUAAUCAGACCUGUGUAUUAUCUGCACUUUCAUAACACUUGAACUGCUGAAUCACACACACAACUCCACUUUGAAUUCCAGAAAGCUUGCCAUUCCAAAAUUCUGUUAGUCCAGUGUCUUUUCCAAUAUUGGUUUCUGGAUCAGUACUUGAUACACAGUUCCAGCCAUUUUGUUAUAAAAUUAAAUUAAUAUUUUCACUACUUGAACCAUUAGGGCGUACCAUACCACCCUGUACAAUAUGUGCUUAAACGCUGUUAGGACAACAUGGCCCAUUGACACAUUUGGGAUGAACCAGAAUGGAGAUAAUGAGCUAGGCCUUUUUGGUCCAACAUCAGUGCCUGACCUCACAAAUGCUCUAGUGAAUGAAUGAGCAAAUCCCACAGUAACACUCCAAAAUCUUGAGGAGAGCCUUCCCAGAGGAGUGGAAGCAGUUACAGCUGCAAAGGGGUGACCAACUACAUAUUUAAUGUCUAUGUAUUUAGAAUGCAAUGUCAUGAAAGUCCUUGUUGGUGUAAUGGCCAUCUAUCCCAAUAUUUUUGUCUAGUGUACCUCAUUCUUGGCAGGUUCUCUUGGAUAUAUAUAUAUAUAUAUAUAUAUAUACACACACACACACACACACACUUUUUGUCUGGGGGGGGGUUGGUUUUCAAAUAAAAAAUGGCAAAAUAUUCAAGCAAACAUAACCUUUAUAAUGUCAUGUGUAUUUUUUAAUUUGCUACAUUUUGAACUUUAGUGAAUAGCCUUGAGCAGAGAUGUAUUUACGAUUUCUGCUGCCCUGGGCGUGACAAACGUAAUGCACUUACUACAAACUCGAUGCAGACAAGCUUCCUGGCACACACGCUCAUGUACAAACUUACUAUAGAAAAACUCACUUGCAAACACACAUACACGAGCUCACUACAGGCAAACUUAUUGGAGUACACAUACAAGCUCACUAUUAUUUAUGGCAUGCUGGUCAUUUGUGGCCUACAUACUGGCUACACUGACACUGUGAACUCUGAGGACGGCGGUAAGUUUCCUUUUGCAUGCCUCUUCCUGUCUGAACUUACUGUGUCAGGUGGUCGCACUUCAUUGUGGGAUUGUCUUCUGCUGCAAGCACUCUGUCAUAUAAUAGAAUAAGGAGUAGAAGAGGUUCUAGGGCUUAACCUGCAUAUAUUUUACAGCUGAUAGUGCAGAAAUAGUGGGCGGCUGCCCGUGUUUUUUGUUUUUAUUAGCUGGAAAAACUCAAGCUCAGCAAAAUGAUUUCACUGGACAUGCUGGUACCUGACAUGGAUGUAUGGCCUGAUAUAAUCUAUAAAAAAAAAUGUUUCCUCAUUGUUUGGCUAUGUUAGCACUGAGAAAAAUUGAGAUGCACAUAGUAUAACAAUCUUCCAUUUCUUAUAUUGUAUAGGAUUACAAAGCAGAAGAGGAUCCAGCAAUAUUUCAGUCUGUUAAAACAAAACGAGGCCCACUGGGGCCCAACUGGAAGGUAAUAUAUAAUAUUUUCAUGUUUAAUUUAUUCUUCAAUCUGUAUAAAUUGAAUGUGAGUGCAUAUACUGAAUUCCCACAAGAUGACACCCCUGACUUUAAAUUGUGUGAUUGUGUGGACUAUUCACUUGUUUCUUCCUAUCUGGAAGCCCCAGAAAUAUUUUAAUAUGUGUAAAAUGUAUGUUAAAUGCCUUUAUUUUUCUGAACAAUGUAAAGUACAAUUUUUGCUUUUUCUUUUAAUAAUUCAGGGCAUGUGACCUUUGAAUUAUUGACUAUGCUGCCACCUAGUGAACAAUCUGUACUUUGGAGACAUGAUUCUAAAUAAUACAAUAAAUCUCUCUCUUUUGAGUGUAAAAAUGAGAUGACAUUUUAUAGGAAGUGUUUAGGAAGGCUGUGUAAGUCACAUGCAGGGAGGUGUGACUAGGGCUGCUUAAACAAAGUGAUUUAACUCCUAAAUGGCAGAGAAUUGAUCUAUACACCAAAACUGUUUGGUUAAACUAAAGUUGUUUUGGUGACCUAUAGUGUGUCCCUUUAAUUUAUUUAUAUUUGUUAAAUUAAAAAAUAAGGAUAAAUCUAUAUAAUAUAUAUCCCCAGAAGCGGAUCGCGGCGGAGGUGAGUACCGCCUAGCUCCUGAGUUGAAAGUUGUUAGGGUGUUCUAUUAUGGGGCGGCAUAGAACUAACUGCGUUAAGUGAUUAAGCCAGUGUUCUAUCUAAGAACUCACUUUUAUGUCUAAACCAUAUCUGGUUUACUAGUAAACUUUUGUGUGGUACUGUAUCAAAUGCCUUGGCAAAAUCUAAGUAGAUCAUAUCCACUUGAUCAUCCUGAUCUAUAUGUCUACUAACUUCUUCAUAAAAUGCAAUUAAGUUAGUCUGGCAUGACCUGUCUUUGAUUGUUGAUUCCUGCUAAUGAUAUUUUUGUUCAUCGUUAAUUCUUGAAUAUUAUCCCUUAACAGCCCUUCAAAUAAUUUCCCAACCACAGAUGUUCACGGGUUUUGAACCCUUUUUAAAUAUAGGAACCACAUCUGCUUUUCUCCAAUCCUCUGGUACAAUACCUGAAAGAAAAGAAUUUAUAAAUAUUAAUGGAAAAAAUUAUUUGUGCAGGUUUUCUUUCUGCUAACUUUUGACAGACACUGCUGCAGUUUUAUUGAACCCUCCCUAAAAAAAACAAACAAAACAAAAAAACAGAAGUAAAGCUGCAAACAUCUGAAUAUAAGCCAUGCAGCCAAUUUUCCAUGUAUUUAUUUUUGUUUUACUUAACACGUACAUAUAAGUGCACACUCCUAUUUGAAACAAUAAACAAAGGAUACACAUCUUCCCAGUCUCCACAGACGUUGCAUAUUUGCUACAAGCAAGUUAUAUUCCAACGUGGUUAUUUAUAUAAACUUAAUUUUUGUUGUUAAUGGGUUGUUUAGUUAAAGAAAGCAUUCACUAAAUGUAAAUGUGAUUUAGUUCUAUGUCAUAAAAGUACAUAUUGAGACUCUGUAUGUAACUGUCUGGCUAAACUAGGUAAAACCUUAGUAAAUAUGCUGACAUUCCCAGUAUAUGUGUUGUAUGUUUUGUAAUCUGUUUUCAUAUUGACACUUACUAUGUUAAUAUUUUCCUAUAGAAAGAAUUGGCCAACACAGAAAAUUGUCCACGUAUGUGUGCUUACAAACUAGUAACAAUUAAGUUUAGAUGGUGGGGACUUCAGAACAAAGUAGAACAUUUUAUCCAGAAGGUAAGUACCGAUCGUUGUCUAUGGUGACUAAGUUUGUUGCAGUAGUAUACGUUCCCCACCUCCCCUUCACACUAAACUAAUAAAAUAGACGCUUUACUUGCCAUUUUCUAGUGCUGCGACUCCCUUGACGCUGCUCACAUCUCCAACUUCUACAACAUAAUUUAAAAGGCAUUGCCUCCUCUGGCAAUGUUUAAAUCUAAUGCUCCUGAUUGGUGAUUUAAUGUGCAUGCAAGGAGAGUGCCGCAUGUGCACUCAAGCUUCCUCAUAGGAAAUAUUAUAUUACAUUUUUUUACUAUGAGCUUCCCUGUCACGUGACCUAGUUUUAUUUGGUCAGUGCAGCAGAAGCACCUCUAGCGGCUGUCAUUAUGAUAGCUACUAGAUGUAGAUAGAACUCUGCAGUGUUUUAAAUUGCAGGCUUAAAAGGACAGGGCCACUUUAUCUAAACCACUUAAUUGAGAAGAAGUGGUCUGGGUGACUUUAGUGUCCCUUCAAAUAUUCCAUAGUUAUUAUUAAUAAAGGACUUUAAUAUACUUUAACUAUUUCACUAUUUUAUCUUGUGUUUUCCUUUAAAGCAAGAAAAACGAAUAUUCACCAACUUCCACCGCCAGUUGUUUUGUUGGAUUGACAAAUGGAUUGGUUUAACGAUGGAAGACAUUAGGCGAAUGGAAGAUGAAACCCAAAAAGAAUUAGAAGCAGUAGGUGUUUUUAAUAUAUUUUUCAAUGUACAGAAACAAAAAGUUUGUGUGAAUAAAGUGAUGCUUUUUUUUUUUAUGAUUGGGAUAUAUUUAAAAAUAGGUUCAGCAGCUAUAGUACUCUGUGGACAACUACUCAUCACACAAUAUUGGUUAUAGGAAAUAAACAAUUACUUCAGUGCUUAGGUGAUAUGUUCCCAUAUUCCAAACAUUAAAAGUGCAGUUUUGUGGUAAAAUAAAUAAAUAGCGUACACCCUUAGUUCAACUUAUGGGGUAGUUGGUUCAUAUAAAAAAAAAGAUGAAGAAGAAAAAAAACACAAAUAGUGACUCUUGUAUGUAUAUUUUGCACAAAGAAAUGACCAAUGGGCAUAAAGUCCAGAGGACACAGUAAAGUCCUUAUAUGAAUAUAAUGUAAUUAAAACUCAAUUUAUUUAAAUAUGUUUAAAAAGGAACAGUAAUUGAACAAAAAAAAUACAAACAAAAAAGGAAAACUUAUAAACACAAAAUAAAGGGGAGCUGAUAAGCUCUAAGUAAGAAAUGGGAUAGAAGGGCUUUAGAGCAAUGGAGGCUGCUUGUAAAAGGAAUUAUAAGAUUGAGACCAUUAUGAAUCCUAAUCGUAUAUCGUUACAAGGUAGGCAUGGUGAGUAAAAAAUAUACUUUGAACAAUGUGGUACCUAUAGGAUAGUACAACACAGAAAUAUAUACAAUGUAGCAAUUAAAUCCUAUAACCAAAGGAUUACAGAGGGAUAAUGUCUCAGAAAAACAUUAUGUAGCUAAGCCUUCAUUGAUCUUGCUAAACUCUGAAUCGACUUCAAGGUCGCUGUCUGAAAAAAUAUUGUAAUGAGGGCAAAAGGCUAGGUUGGUUGUAGAACAGAGACAAGUAUAGAGUAAAUCUGUCUGUUUAUCAGGUAGUUGUGGUGAGUAGAAAACAUAUACUCACAGAAAGGUUGAACCCAAUAGUUUAGUUGCUAAGCAGUAUAAUACCUAUAAAAUAAUGCCUCAAGGAAAUGUAUACAAUGUCACACAAACUAUAUAACCAAAAAAUUGCAAAAGGAUACUGUCUCUGAAGAGAGUUUGUAGUUGAGCCUUUAUUAAACUUGCUAAAUGUUUAGUUGACUUCAAGAUCGCUGUCUGAAAAAAUUAUGCAAAGAAGGUUAAACGUAAAAGGAAGCAAAAAUAUGCUUUAGACAACUGCAAACCUUCCAUGCUAUCUAAAAAAAUUGCCCUAAUGAUAAACCCCAUUAAGCAGAGUUUCACCUCUUAAGAUUUCUACAAUAACCUUCACCAACUAACCAUAGUGGUAACAGAAAUCGUGCUAUGAGUUUAAAAUAAAAAUAGAGUAAGCCUGACGCGCGUUUCAGCGCUGCUAAAGCGCCUUCGUCUGAGGCAUUGAGAUGUUCAACCUGCUGUGGUGCUUUUUAAAUGAGAUUGAGUGAGGUUUGUAUCCGUAUUAGCCAAUGAUGGCUGGGGGUGUGCAUGAGCAUUCCUGCCAUUAAUCCUGUCCGUUUGCAGGCUAAGCAUAAUUACAUCACAUGCCACUCCCACAUCAUUCACGCAUAAUUUAUGCAAAUAUCCGCCUAUGUCAAGGGGUGAUCUUCAACCAGAAUAAAACAUAUAUAAAUAAAUUGAGUUUUAAUUGCAUUAUAUUCAUAUAGGGACUUUACUGUGUCCUCUUGACUUUAUGCCCAUUGGUCAUUUCUUUCUGGAUAAUAUAUUCUAUUUCUAGGGUCCCCUAUUAAGUUCCAUUUACACGCUCUAGACCCCUUAGGGGGUCACACCCUUUUUAUUUGUAUGUAUAAAGAGUCAGAUCGUAUUAGACGUAUUAAAAUAUUAGCACAUAUUUACACUUUAUCUUAAUACAUAUACUUGUACAAAACACUUUUUGUGUUUUUUUUUUCAUAUUUUGUUUAUGAACCAACUCCCCAUUUGUUGAACUAAACUUACCGUUAGCAUUGCACUUGCAGGUUAGUGUUUUGUAUAUGGGAACAUAUCACCUGAACACUGAGGUAAUUGUUUAUUUUUAAUAUUUUUGUUCAGUGCAAAUACUUUCACUGUUGUUUAUGUAAUACUGACUUAUAAACAUUAGUUUAUUUCCUGUGGUGUUUGUUCUUCAACAUAGCCCCUGAUAAUUUGAAGAGAAUUGAUUUUUAUCCAGUUUUUCCCUCAAAUAAGAGAUAAUAGUGGUAAUUUUUUUAUUUUUUUAUUUUUUAUUUUUUUUUGGAGUCUGGUCUCCUCGUUGGGCAAUUAUUUAUCUGUCCCCACCUUGAUUAAGUUAUUUGUAAAUGGUGGUAAUUUGCUAAAGUCUGAUCCCCCUGUGAGAUCUCCUCUGAAUCUAGUUUGAAGAAAAGUUCAUUCCAUUUAACCAUUAUUUUCUUUAGUGUAGUUUAGUGUUUAGAUUAAUCCUAAAUCUUAAAUAUCUCCUAAAAAAUAACUUCUCAAAAUCACCAACAAUUUAGUUAUGAUCCCUUCUAUAUUUUUUUUUUUAACGCCCUAUAAAUUAUAUCAGAUUAUUCACUAAAGUGAGAAUUAAAUUUGAAUUUGAAUUUGAAGAUUAAAAUAACCAAACCGGAAACCUUCUCUAAGUCAGCUAUGCCAACUGACUACUCUGGCCUUACAUUUGAAAGUCACUUUGAAUUCUCUCUUUAGUAAAUAACCCUGUAUGUAAUACUAGAAUUAUGCUGUAUAAAAAGCCUGGCUAACUACUGGUUACACACUUGUAAUGACAUGGCUUUGACAUGAAUUGAUUUGGAUACCAAAUGUCUAUAUUUGCCUUACAACAGGUAGAUCUGCACAUAAACUAGUGUAGUAAAAGCAUGCUAAGCUUAUCAAUAUAUCUAUUUUACUUUACUGCUUUUUAUUAUAUUUUUAUUUUUUUUCCUACGGAUAGAGGCAGUACAGAUCUUGGGGAUCUUCAGCCGUCUCCUGCAGGACAGGUAGCCUAUUUUGGACAGAAUUUAAAAUUCCUCCCUAGUCUCCUCCCAUCUACAACAAAACCCAUGUUUACCUCUACUUCCCGAGUACGUACACAAGCUACAUAAAAUGCUGCAGAAAUAUAUUUAUUAGAAGGGAGGGAAUAUAUGUACCGCCUCUUAUUCUAGGGGAAGAAAAAUUAUGGGAAGUAAUAUUUUAUUUUUUCCUGCAAAUAGAGGUAGUACAGACACUAGGGAUAUAAACGAAGAGGGGUGGGGUAGAAUUUACUUAACAGCUUGUAACAUCUUUAUCCCAAUUUGAGUCUUUUAGAGGCAAGUACUUCCAGUUUUUAUUUAAAUAUUCUUUAUUUAAAUUUUCCUCAUCAUACAAAAUACAUUAAAAACACAAGACAAUUAGACAAAUAGAAUACUUGACAUACUCUCAUACAUAAUACAUUCUACCUGAGCGUGGAGACGACUGAACUAGGAGAAAGAGAUAUUUAUCUAUUCCAUUAAUACCGUAUAUUACAAAUUUUCAAAGUGCAUAUUUUACUCGGACUUUACAUAACUUUCAAUACUGUUUCAAGAUUAAAUUUUUUUUUUUUUUUUUAAUCAUUUUACUCCUGACUGAAGAAUUGUUUCUCCAACUUAUACUCCGUUCCAUGUUUAAUUAGAGCGUUGGUUGUUUUAUCCAUUGUGUAGCUGAUUUCUAUAGGUUGUUUCCAGUUUCUUGCUAUAAGAAUCUUCACGGCCAGAAAGCCAUGUGUAACCAAAUAGUAUUGAGAUGCUGUUAUAUCCGGCCAGCCCAAAUGUAAUAAUGCUGUCAUCGGAGUCUUAACAUUGUUAAUCUUAUCAAUAUUACAUAAAGUUUUAUAGACCUGAUCCCAUAGUUUUUAGAUUUUCAGUGAUUUAACUUGGUCUUGGGUGAAUAAAUAUUUUAAAUUUUUGUAAAUUAUAUUCUAGCACUAAUGAUGCAAAAGUUUUCAUUCUUCCUUCCUUCAUUAUAUUAUUUACAUCUUUAAUAUUAUUUUCCCUCCAGAGAUCUAACUUUAGAUCAUCUAUAAGAGAUUCCAAUAUCUCCAACUCCAUGAAGACAUAUAUUUUUCCAUUAUUUUUUUAUAUUUUUUUUCUUAACUUGAACCAUAUUGGAAAGAUGAGAUCUUAUUUUUUUUUCUUCUUUUAGUACCAGAUAUCCUUUAUCCUGCCAAAUGAGUUUAUUUAUAUCACUCUUAUUCAAUGGCUGAGUUUCCAAUAUAAUCCAUCCUGUGUCUCUCACUUCUUUUUUUAGUUAAAAUUUGAAUAUGGUGGACUACAUUGGCAUCGUAGUGUUUUUUGACAUUGGAGAAAUUCAUGCCACCUUGGCCCAGGUUAUUUGUCAAUAACUUCCCUCUCCACACAAAGUUUCUAAAACUUCUCUGAAUAAUCUCUAACCAGCUGUCUGGUAUCUUUAGUGGAACAUUUUUGUAAAAUAAGUCCAGUUGGGGAGUAUGUAGGCAUUAAUAAUAAUAAUUCAACCUAACCAACUCAAUAACAACAUAUUCCAUUUUUUUUUUUUUUUUUUAAUUAAAGUUAGGUUUGUUGAUCUAAUCGGUUUCAAAACAUUAUCUUCUACAAUUCUGUCUUUUGUUCAAAAUCACAACACCGAAGUAUUUAAAAACUCCCGUUAGCCUCUCUAAGCCAUACAUACCCAAUAUGUUUUUUAAUAUCAGAAUCACAGUUUUUGGACAUAACCACUGAUUUAUCUAUAUUUAUCGUGUAAUUAGAUAACUCACUGUGCUGGGAUAUCUCAUUCAUUAGAUGAGCAACGGAAACAAUAGGAUCAGUCAGGGUCACUAUAAUAUCACACAUCUUCAGAACUUUUGAGGCUACUGGAAUCCCCCUAAUGGUUGGGUUCGACCAUAUUCCUAUUGCAAAGGCUCCAUAGAUGGUUUAAAUCGUAUUGGUGAGAGAGGGCAACCCUGAUGGAUGCCAUUACCCAAGGGAAACCAGUCUGAACACAAAUCCACUCCCAUCACCCUAACCAUUGGAUCUUUGUAUAUGGUUUUAAUUGCUGCCCAGUACGUCCAGUUUUUAAUGUUUUGUGAAACUGGGAAUUGAGGACCACGUUGCUGCUCUAUAGAUUUGUUUGGUAGAAGCAUAGGAAGGUGAAACAGACAUAGUGAAUGGAGUUUUGUACAACAAAUCUACUUCCCCAGUUCUCUGCCUAUCAUUUGCAGAGUGUUUUUCUGCAGGAGUGGCACAAAGCAAACACUUGAUCAGUGUUGUUUCUGUGGCUAGAGCUCAACGGUGCUGAGAUUGGUUGGGAUCACUAGAUUUAAAACAUUCUUACCUCAAUAUACCUGUUUUUUUGGCAAGCAUAUAAAUGUGAGGAAGAAGUUGCUACACUUCCAAUUCUGAGACUUACGCUUUGGUCCCUUGGUUUAAUGACAUCAGUGAUUCCAGCUGUCAAAUAGCAAAGGUCACAAGGAGACCCUUGCAUGCCAAUAUACUGGUAGAGUGGAAUCACAACAACAUCAUACCCUUCUGGAAAUCAAAGGUUAAGAAUUUCAGAUGGUGGAUCACAACUCUCUUCCAAGGUCUCUCAUUCAGAUUAAAAGUCUGGAAGAUUAUUGUGACAGACGCGUCAAUGUCAUGAUGGGGUGCCCAUAUGGAUCAUCAGGUUGCAAAGGAUCUCUGAGAAAUCCAAGACAAAAUAAAUUCUUUAAAUUACAAUGAAUUCAAAGCUGUUCUUAUGGCCAUCUGAAACUUUGGAAAUCUAAUUCAAAAGAGAGACGUGCAAAUAAGAUCAGACAACUUCAUAAAGACUCAAUUUGUGGGCUAAAACAAGCUGUUGUUAAGUAAAGUCUAACUUCCCACUCCCCCUCACUUCGUUUAUGCUUUGAUUCAUCCGUAUAGUCUUUACUGCCUCUAUCCGCAAAAAAAAAAAAAAAUCCAUAGAAUUAGAGACAAUACAUAAAUUCCCUGCCUUCUAAUAAAUCUAUAUUGUAGCAUUUUUGUGGCUUGUCUAUGUACUGGGGAUGUGGCGGUAAACAGGGGUUUUACUGUAGAGGGGAGGAAACUGGGGGGAUUUAAAUGUUACACUCCAUCCAAAUUAGGCUGCGUGUCCUGUAGAAGAUGGCUGAAGAUCCUGAAGAUCUGUACUGUGUGUAAUCCUAGGAAAAAAUACAUUUACUGUAAAAUGUAAAUUUUCUGAGGUAGUCGUUGUAGAAUAUAUGAAACAAUAUGUCCUUUCUCUCAGUUUUUUUUUUUUAGGAUUUUAAUAAAACUAUUAAAAUCCUAAAAAUUGGUUGGUCUUCUAGAACUUUUAAACCUCAAAUAGUUCAGUGCUGUACAUUGAAAUGCAACAGAAGCUCGUACAUUUUAUUUAUAGCGCUAGGGUGACCGAAAUAUGAUUUUAAUGUGUUGAUGCAAUUUAUUAAAUCUUAUUCUUUCAGUGCCUUCGCAAAGGAAUGCAACUAUAUCAGUUGGGGCACUUUAAACAUCAUAACCAAAUGAGCUCCUCGUAUUGGUUGCAUAGAUGCAUGAAACUUCCACAUUUCUACUAUUUUAUAGCUGCAGCAAUUUGCUAAUUUUGCUACAGCUCCAAGACCACCAAACCUUUUGAUGGUCCACGGGAAAACUAUGUAGAUGUACUGUGCACACACCUUACAACCCUGUGUAAUUUAUAUGCCAGCUUUCUCCUAACUUUCUAUAAGGGAAAUUGAACAGAAACUACAAAUAUGUUGUGUGAGUAGCUUCAUUAAAUGGGGGUGGGAGGGGGGACCCAAAUUUUAUUUUUUUUUAUUUUUUUUUAUUUUUUUUUACCUUUUGUGGGCAUGGUCAGUAAAAGCAUUUAUUUUGCUCUUCGCCUUAAUAGAUAUAUAUUUUUUUAUUGUUUGAUUUUGUAUAUAUACUUUAUUAUAUCUAUUUUUAUGACAACAAGUUCCCUUGGAAAGGGAAAAUUGACAAAGUAAAAGUAUGUACAUAUGGGAGGAAAAGCCUAACGAGUAAAAUUAAUUAAUAUAAGCAUUUAUCACAAAAGAAAUUAAAUUUCAUGACUUGUUCAAUUCAUUAUUUAUUUUUAUAAUGCAAUAGAUAGAAAAUGCUUGCCAGCUCUAUCUUAGCAUGUGUACCGUUUAGGACUAUUUUUAAAUGUGAAUGCUUUCCUAAAUUAAAAAGACAGCACAGUUGUUCUCUUUUACAGUGACUUCAUGGCAUUUUUUUUUAGAUCUAGAUCUCCACAUAAGUGCACUAUUUGAUUCUGUGAAUUUAAUGUAAUACAACUGAGGUACUAUCACUGUUUGGAAAGGUAAAUUUUCAAAGUGCUUAUACUUAAAAAGUUAUAUUAUAUUCAGGCUUCUUGAUAUUUGCUAUUGUUGAAUGUUUUUCUUUGUUUUAUAUAUUUUUUUUUUUUUUUAUCGUAGUCAUUAUUAGUUGCAUGUUUUGUUUUUCCACUUUGUUUCUUCAUAAAAGUUUUGUCAAGACCAUGAAUUUAUCGUCACACUUUUAGAGAUGAUUUUCAUUCCCCACCCCCCUUUUUUUUUUUUUUUAGUAGCUCACAAUUUUAUUUUACAUUUAGAUUCGUAAGAAGGGUACUGUUCGAGGCACUUCGGCAGCUGACUCCUAAGCAACUCCACUCUAGGUUCAGGGGGUCAGUAUUGAGGUGUGUAUGUAUUUAGCAGACAAAACAGGUGAUGGGCUUAUUGCUUUCUAAGGAGCAUAUUGGCUGGUCUCUUUUAAAUCACUUGUCCUGCUUCAUAUUCAACACAGUGCAGUGGAAAACAUUGAUAUUACCUAUCCUGUUCUCUGAAAAUAUGUUCUGCCUGCUUAAACUUUCCUAACAAAGUGAUUCCAAUGCAUUUCCACUUUUUUAUUAGUCUAUGACUAUCCAUUUUGUAUUGUAUUGUCUCUACUUUUGUUGUUUGUUCCUGCUUUAUUUCUUCAGGUGUACGUAGAUACUUUCAGGUAUAGUGUCUACUGACCCUGAAAGAUGAGAAGUAUAUUUUAGAUUUAAAUAAAUUUUACUUUGAAACUUCAUCCACACUAAAUCGAGGCAUAGAGUUAGCUGUGUGAACUUCAUUAGCUAAAAUUGGAUGCUUUCAGGCUCUCGUAUUUAUUCAUAUAUGAUGUUAACCAAGCCAUUUUUGAUGAAACCAUUGUCAAUUAGAGAAUGUUUUUAAUUGUAAUCAACAUCAUUUUGGAGAAUAAUAGGAGUGAAGCCUUUGCGGUUACUAUAUGUCCUGGCAUUUUGUUAAAAAUUAUAUCUAAAUUAUAUACGGUUUGUUUGGUUUUUGUUUCAUUCUAAAAUUUUAGCAGAGGAAAUUUUCAAAAACAGUGACUGUGCUGCAAUUGCUUUUUAGUAAUUAUUUGUGAAACAAUGAUAUGCUAUGUCUACUUUUUUUUAAGUUAAUCAUUAGCUUGUGAUAUUUGCAACCAUGUUAUUUUACUAGAGGGUCUGUUUUCAGGUGUUUGUAUGGAGGCUUUUACUGUUGUAUUUUAUGCAAAAGAAGUUGAUGAGCAAAAUAUCUUGAGGGGAAUGUGUGACUCCAUGGCUUCACCAUACUUAUGAGACAUUUAUUACGAUGUUAUCUUCUGUGGUCCUUCACAUUGGAUUAUCGAUAUUUGCCAAUUGGAAAUCUAUAAAUUGCUCUGUAAGGAGUGACAACCCCUUGCCCUGCAGAUAGUCCCAGAAAGCAUUUCCAAAGUAAUGGAUUAAUCUCAUAAGUGCAAGCAUUACGUUGCUAGGAUACGACCUGCCAAGAAUGGGAUACAUUGGAAAUGUGGCAGAUUAAUGCAAGAAUAUAUGAUCAUAUACUGUAACUAUUUUAAUUUGUUUUGGGUGUUUUUAAAGAAGACUAUUGCAUUCUGUGAGCUUUUAAAUUGCCAUAUUGCCAUUCAGUGAAUGAAAGUGAGAGCAUGUUGUAUGAUAUGACCCAGCAGCACUCUUAUAAUAUAUGUUCAGGUGCAUGCAGCCUGUUUGAUUGAUAUAGAUAUAUAUAUAAAAGAUUUGUAGCCCUAUGCUAAUAGCAAAGCCUUAAAUGUUACUUGCCACUGUAAGCUAUAGUAUACCAUCCAAGGGUGAAUUUCUACUUGCCAGGGGUAAAUUUUCAGAAAAUUUUGGAAAUUUUGAGCCCUGUAUAUGUAUAGGUUUGUUUUUAUUUCUCAUACCAUCCUUUAGGCAGUAUGCUCGUGCUGUGACUUGGUCUACUGAACACCAGGUAGUUUUUUUUGGACGGGUUGAGUUGUGUGCAUUUAUUUAAAUGUCUACGUCAGGAACUCUUAACCCUCUGCCGACGAUAGAACAUACUAUGCUGUCCUACAAAAGGAGGACUUCAACACUGUUAGGGCAGUAUAGCAUGUCAUAAAGAUCUGGCCCUCCCUCCAGCCCACAUACUUAUCUUCUGCGCUGAUCGUGGCAGCCACCCUGCGGUCAAUCCAUCCAAUUCAAGACUGUCAGAUGCCCCAAAAUAAUCAUAUAUAAAUAACAAAUUAUACAUGUACAUACAAAUAAAUAUUUUCACCUAAGUGGGUGCACGUAACAUGAGGUCAAAUUCAAAUUUUGUUUUGGUUCAGAAUUGGACAAUUGCCUUUAAAUUGCCUAUGUCCUUCAAAGGAAUCCACUGCCAAAAUACAAAAUAACACUGUUUAGAAAAUAUACCCCUAUUGAAAAUGUAUUUAAUUGUGCAUUUUUUUUCAUUGGAGUACAUCUGAAAAUAGCUUCCAAAACCCCUUCUCUUGUCUGCAGUCUUUACAAGGUAAUUGCUGCCUAUUGACUUUAGCUUCACUGAGCUAACGGAACCAGGAAUUAACAGGACCUGUUGUCUGGUUGAAAGCCAAGGGAGUAUAACCAUUUUAAUUUAUAAAAGUGUAAAUUUCUAAUGAAAUCUGCACUUUUAGCAAACUGAAAAAAAAGAGGACACACUCUUUACACAUAAAGUUUUUUUUAGCAAGCUGAAGUGCUUUAGGGGUCUUGAGUGUCCCUUUAAGGGGUUAAGUACAAUUAUUGGACAUAGGAUUGUGGUAAAUAUAUACCUAGAAUUGGUUUAUUUGCAGUGUUUGUUGGGUCAGUUUCUCCUGUAGCCUUUUAGAUAUUUUUCCAGUUUUAUGCUUUUUUUUUUUUUUUCCCCCCCUUGCUUUUUAACACUUUUCUUAUCUUCAGUCUUUCUUUUGAAAAGUCUAUUGCAUUCUAUUUUGUUAUCAAAUGCGUUCUGUGUCCCUUUGACUAUUUAUAUCAGUCAUAUUUUGUAUCUACCAAAAAUAUACUUGUUUUAAAAUUAUUAUUGUAAUUUUUCUUUCUUUUUUUUUUUUUGCUAUAAGCUACGCAACCAAGGUCAAGUGAGAGGAACAAGUGCUGCCAAUGAUGAAUGAAGCUGGAACUGACCAAAUCGCAUGCAGAAUUUAUUUUGUCAUUUAUAAUUGUGUUUAUAUACCUGUAUGUGAAUAGCUAUAUAAACACUUUACUGAGCAUUAAUUGCUGUACUGUUCUGACAUGAGCAAAAAAUGUAAAGGCGAACGUUUACUGUACAUACCAAUAGUUUACAAACAUUACUGAAUGUCUCUAGAAUGCUAUUGUACAGCCUCCUUCUCUAAUGUAACACUUGUCUUGCUUUUACUUUUCUUUCUAACUUUUAUCAAGAACAAACAUGUAAUUUAAUACUGUAGAGAUUUUACUUUUUGGUAGUAGGCAAUACAAGCUACAUUGACAAAUUAUUCAGAAAGAAUUUUCUGUAUUUGUCUGUUUAACGCUGAAGAUGGUCAUAUUUCCCCAUAUUUAUUAAAAAAAAAACUUUGCAUCAAGGAUUAUUGAGCUUUUGUAUCUGCACUGUCCAAACAAGUGUGACGUAAAAUUCCUGAGCCUUACUGCAUUGUAGUAUCCAGGAGAUAUGUCAAUAGAAUUCAGUUAUGUCAAAUUAGUUUUUUGUUUUGUAUGUGUCCCCCAUAAAUGUUUUCGUGAGUUUUUGUUUUAUUUCUGCAAAUUAAAACAAUGAAAUUGUUCAUUUCAGAAGCUGCAGUUUGGGAUCUAUGCAAACUGUUUACAGUUUAAAGCAAGUUAUGCUUUUCAGUCUAAGUGCACAUUAUAUUCAAAAGACAUUUAAAAUAAAACGUACAACUAAUUUAUAUUAAUAUAUUUAAAUACAAAAAGUCACUACAUGUCAAAUGAUAUCUGCCAAGUGAGAGAAUGUUGGCCACCAGAGUCUAACUGUAUAUAAUCAUAGAAUGGCUGCAUUUUUUAGAGGUGCAUGUAAAAUGCUCAAUGUACUAUGAAAAUCCGCUAGAAAUGAGCCUAAAGAAAUGAUUUUAGAAACAAUACGUAAUGUGGUUUAUUUUGUUUUUUUAAUUUUUAACAAAUCGUUCAUUUAAAAAUUACUUUAAUGGUAUAAAAAUAUCUAGUUUCAGUUCACACUUGCCUUUUCUCUUAUUGUGUGGCCCUUUAGUUCUCUGUAAGAACUUUUUGGAAUAAGUGUACCAAAAUAUGCGUUUCUAGUCUAUUUUGCCAUAAUAUUGGGGGAGGAGAAUUGGAGGCAUUAUAUCGAUAAAAGAAGGCUGCAAACUUUUGUCUAAUGGAACUCUGCUGUUUAGUUGAAUCCUUUUAUUUGUAUCUUAAUCAUGAUUCGUUAUUUUUCAUACAAGGACUAUUACAGAGUGUCAAAAGCAAAAGAAGAAAAGUUGCAAUGUUUUAGGUAUAAAAAUUCAGGGGACAAUGAAUGUAAAAUGUUUUAGAAUUGCAGUCUGUUUUGUGUACAGUAUUUAAAAACAAAAUGUCAAUUAAGUAACCAAUAAAUUUGAUCAUCAAAUGUC